AUGAAGAGGGUUGUUAAUGGGGUGGGCAACUCAUGCCGAUCUGCUAAAAUGGUACGCGUGCCGCCUUCUGUGGAGUCAGAAAGCUUUGAUGGGGAGAGAGAGAAGGGGGGUCGCUUUUGUUUGAAUUGUUUCUGAGAAGGCGAUCGCUUUUAUUGUAAUGUAUGACCUUUGAAGAAGAAGAAGAAAAUCCACCUGCCCAGCUUUUUUUGUGGAAAUAAGUCACUGCAGGAAAUUCAACACAAUCGUGGAUGCCGUACAUGUGCAAUAACAAACUGUUGUGCAAGAAUUUUUCUUAUAACUCGCUUCACCUCCCUCCCCGCGCCUAGCAUAUCCAGUCCCCCUUUUUUAUUUGUACUGUUUUGUUUUUGUUUUUUUGCUGGUGGCUGCUUUUAUUUCCCCUGUUUUAUUAUUCUUCUUCUUAUUAUUAUUAUACUGCCUAACAGUAGAGGAUAGGAUGGAGUGGAGAGAACGGCGAUCGUCUUAAAUCUCCUUUGUUUCUCAAUUUUGAUCAGCUGCAUUGCGAGCACAUGGGGGUAUAAAUAAAGCACCGAAGCUUGGAAGGAAAAUGAAAGGGGUUUUCUCUCAAUUAUGCUCUUGGCAUUGAAUAUCGUCUUGUGGGAAAGCACAGACCAGCCCCUUGGCACUGAGCAUGCAAAGGACGUGUAUGUGUACUGUCAUAAACUCUGCUUGUUGUUGUUGAGCUUGCAACAUUGUGAUUUUUGAGUUUGUGUCUCUCUUCUCAUCCCCAGGAGGGGCUGGUAAAGGUACAGGAGAAGAACAGGGGAAAUUGCCAGAACAGGAAGAAGAGGAGGAGAGCAUCCAGGUCCUGCACGGUGCUGGCCAUUGCAAGUGGUUCAAUGUGCGGAUGGGAUUCGGUUUCAUCUCUAUGACCAGCCGGGAGGGAAGUCCCUUGGAUAACCCGGUGGAUGUUUUUGUACACCAAGUAAGUUGACCCUAGCCCCCAGCCCCUUCUCCUUAACCACCCACAAGUAGAAGGAUAAGCCACCCACUUUGACCCUUUUAGUACGAGUUGUACCUCACCUCAUGCAUUCUCAGACAAAAACAUACGGAGGGAGGUAGACUCUUCCUGUUUCAAUACUUUUUACAAUAUUCUCUCUCCCCCUCCCUCUCCCCCCCCUCCCUUCACUCAAAUACUGUUUUUAAAAUAUGGUGAUUUUCUUCAUGGAUUGGCUCGAUCAGGGAGCUGUGAAAAUGGCUGUUACCCCAUCACUUUAUCUUACAAGUUCAUCAGAUAAUUCAUCAGUUUUUGCACUUCUGUGUGUUCCCCUACUAAUGAUUUGUGCCCACAGUAUUCUUACUAAUUGCAGUUAAUACAAGGAAUGGGUAAAAAAAGCAAGUGUUUAUCCUCCCUGCUAAUGAUUUGCACAGCUAAUGCACUUUACAAGGUUUCUGCAGCUCUACUGUGAAGGAAGGCCCAACAGCAGCCUAAAUAUCCUGCAGUCGAGAAUAAAAAGCAAACAGAAAGUGCUGAAGUAAACACUGAAAUCAGCUGUAUAUUAUUAGGUAUAUCCUGGGCAUGCAUCCUAGGUAUCAAUAUUAGAAAGGACAAGACAUGAGGAGAAAUUCUAAAGAACUCCCUGCACUAGUAUUUAUUACUGUCCUACAAGUAUAAAAACUCUACUUACUUUGCAAUGUGCAGUAAUCCCUUAAAGUAUAGCCAAGCAGAAAGGAAAGGUCAAAAAAUCUAUUAUUCCUCAUUCAUUUAGACCUAUUUGUGAAAUAUACAAUGUUGCCACUUCGGCUUUAUUCAUGUACACAUGCCCUUGGAAACAUUGUAUUUAGUUUUGAAAGCACAUCAUAUUCAAAAGUGGGAAUGUAAAAGAUGCCUGCCUAAUUAUCUCUGUGUCUUGAACUAAUUUCAGUGGAAGAGUAAACUGCUGAGAUAAAUCCACAUAAGGUAAACUGCAGGAAUAGCUGUAAAUUGAGAAGCAUCCCCAAUAAAUAAGCAACCAGAGGCUAUAUGCCUGGUGGAAGAAAACGCCAGGAGUUACGAAAUAACCAUUUAGGUGAUAAUACCCACAUGUAAAAUGGAUAUCACCUUUGUCUUAAUACCUUGUAACUAAUAUAGUCAAAUUACCCAGUGUAGUUGCAACUAAAAGCAAAGAUUGUAAUGGAAUAUGCACAAAUCGCAGGGUUGCUGGGUCUAAACCAAACUAUAAAGGACAUUUGGGGGUGCGGUGGUGCUGUCUCUCCAAUGCACAGGAAAAGGGUAGACACAAGGGUAGUAGAGUCUGUCAGCAUCUCUAGAGUAUAUACCUGGUAUUUAGUGACCUACAAAUACUGAGUCUCAUUUAGUAAAUUAAGUUCAUAACAAAGAUCUAUUCAGCUACUUAAACCAAUAUGUCUUGGGUAGACUUGGUCCCUCCAACACUGGUCACCUCCAAGCAUCGAUCUACAUGGCUGGCAGAAAUAAAUAUGGAAAAAGUGGCCAUCAUUUAAAAAAAAAAAGGAAGAAAUCCUCACUGCUUCUGUUACAAAAUAACCUGAAAAUAAAAUAAAUCUGACCUGCAUUUUGGUGCUUGUGUCCACCUUCUUCUCGUCCUGUCCUUUUUCUUUCUAUUACAGUUAAGAAUAGCAAAAUCAAUGGCCACGUUUUAAAAUGGUACUGCUUCCCCACGAGUUGUUUAUGAUCAGUAGGAAAUAUUGUAAGAGGUUCCCUUCUGUCUCUUUAACCCUUUAAGGACCAAACUUCUGGAAUAAAAGGAAAUCAUGACAUGUCACACAUGUCAUGUGUCCUUAAGGGGUUAAGGCACUAAGUUCAACAUAGCAUGUGGCCAGAGACGCUUCGUGUUUAUACUUACACUGUAUUGUACUCAGAGCCUGUGUUCUAUUUUCUCACAGGCCCUUGUGGAAUCACAGCAAUGCAGCACAGUGUAGUCCCAGAAAACAGACAGCUUUAAUGACUAGACUCCCUGUGCUCUAGAUGUGAUGGUGGCUGCAGGGUUUUGCAGAUAUUUGAAAGUGGCUGAGGGUUUAAAUCUUGCUGCUAGUUUGCAUACAACACAAUGCAAGCAAAGGGAUUUCUGAUCAAGUACAGCAUGCAUUAGGUUUCUGUAAUUUUCACUGACCAUCUGGGAGGGAAGUCCUAGGGAUAACCCGGUGGGUGGGUUAUUCUCAAUAGAUUGACUAAGGGUUAAAGGAAGUUGUGUUUCCGCUGCCACCUGCAUUUACUGUUUUCGCAUAGUGCAUCGAUUGUGGCUCUGGCAAUGUGUUGGUUAACUAAAAUUUCCAUAAUAUGUUAGAUACUGGAAUGCAGCAUUUUCAGAGUUUACUUACCUAUGACCCUUAAUCUGUAGGCUCCAAUUUCAUGACCCUUACUCUCAUGAAGGCGUUUACAUUUCCAGAAUGAAUUGGUUCAAUUUCUUUGUAAUUUAUUUGUCAAUUCCCACCGUCUGGACUCAAAUGCUUGUCACUUCAUUAGGUAGCAUGUACACUGUAGGUGUAAUGCCAAGUAAACUAGGGAAUUGAGGUUUUCUUUAAACUUGCUUUUCUUUUUUCCCUACAAAGAUUUAUUUUAUUUGAUAUUGCUUUGUCCUUGUCCCUCCUGUUGUAUUCUUAUACCCUCUUUUGAUUGCUUUGAUUGGGGCCAUGAUCUAGCCCCAAAGAAACAAAGCUCUGGUGACAUGGAUCUUGAUGGGUCACAUGGGGACAUCUCCCAGCUUUUUUUUUUUCCUGGAUGGCUUUCCCUCAGGCCCCACUCAGUGCUUUGUCUGUUUCAACAAAUAAUAGGUGUAAAGUGUUAAAUCAAAUGUGUGGGGGAUUAUAUUUAUGGAUGGGACUUGCUUUAUUCUAACUUUUUCCUGUGUGAAUUUUUUUUUAUUUUUUAUAUUUAUUUAGCCCAUGAGAUCUAGUUACCCAAAUCUUUGUAAGAUCUCCUUGCUAUCAAUUGUCUGGUCCCCUUUUUUCAUUUGAACCUCCCUUAGGUCGUUAAAUAGCUUUUUACGAUCUCAUAAAUUUACUUUAUAGAUGAAUAAACUAAAAAAGAGAGGGAAACAAAACAACUUCCUCUCUGAGUAACAGUAUCUUCCUAUUGUAAGUCUCCCAAAUAUUAAAACACAUUUUAACAUUAUAAAAGGAGAUUUUGACUAAGAUCUGUAAUUUCUCAAAACAGGUGGUACACUUGAUAAGUGUGAAAAUGCACAGAACAUAAUUUAUUUAUUUAUUUAUUAUUAAAACCAUAUUUUUUUUCUAUAUAUUUUAUGUGACUUUUCUUUCAUGUAUGGAUUUUUUGUGUUUAAAUCCAGCACUUCCCUCUAACCUUAAAGAUGGCAUUUGUCAAUAUCAAUUGCCCAGUACUACAUUUUAACUGUAUAAUACAGGAGACUCGUUAUUUUUUGGAGCAUAUUACCUGCAUAUAGCUAAAAUCAGUAUGAAAAUGAAUCACUUAUUGAUGAAACGUAAAUUCUUUUGUAUAAGAUAACUUUUCUGCCAGACAUUUAUUAUAGAUUCAAUAUUAUUCUGGAUUUUUCUAUCACAAUAUAUGUCUGUGCAUUGCUGCUAGCAGACACAAAAUUAGCUUUUUUUUUUUUUUUUUUUAAUUAAUUAAAUAUCCUGUUACAUAUUUUUUUUUUUUUUUCAUCAUUGCAUACUUGAAUACCUUGUAUUUUACUCUUAAAUAUGUGGCUGAUUGUAUAUUGGCUUUUAGGACUCUAAAUCUAUUUGUUGAGAAAUAUAGUGCCAUUGAUUUUAAUUAUGGUGAUGGGAAUCUGCAUAAGAAGGACAUGACAUAAUUUAAUUCAUUAUAAGGAAUUCAUUAUAAGAGUGUGUAUGUUAAAAUAAUAAAAAAAAAUAAGUAUAUAUAUAUAUAUAUAUAUUCACUAUAUAACAUCAUAUUGUGAGGGAAUGACAGUGAAAUCAUCAUCAUAUAAUUUUUUUUUUUUUGCAUAAGGCAGUAGAUUAUUGCAGUUUUAAGAUGUUUUAUUUAUUAACCAUCUCUUUUGUUGUGUAAGCAUUUUAUUUAGAUUUGCUUGUAUUUGCUUUUGAGAUAACAGGUUUCCUAUGUUAUUACACAUUCAUCUAUGGCCAGUGAAUACUCUGUACAGCCAUAUAAAAAUAAAAGAAGCAAAAAGAAGAAACACAGUACAAAUAUCUCCAUCCUCAUUUUAAAUGCAAAAGACAACUCACUCUUCUCAUCUUAGUUGGUGUAUGUGUGGGAGGAGAUGCACACAUAUAAAUAAAGGUAUGCUUGUGUUUUAGACCUCAUCAGUGUGCAACUCAUCCUUAGAAUGGCUUGGUGAAUUAUAUUUUUUUUCCAGAGGUUUUAACCUUAUUGAUAUUAAUAACUUUUCAUUAAAUAUAUUUUUAUUCAUUGAGGAGAGCAAAUAUCAUUAUCUGUAUAAAUUACAAUCCAUAUAUUUCUUGGAGUAUACAUAUUUAAAAAAGAAAUUGAUAACCAGGUGUAAAUGGAGAUAUUCAAGGUUUAUGUUCAAUCAGAUAAUGAGCAUUCUCAACUAACACUGAUGCUAUGAGCAAGAAGGCAGGAAAGACAAAGUAGCACUGGAUUAUGAUGUGUCCGGGUAUAUAUGGCCACAUCCCUUGCAAACACAGUUUUUCACAAUAUUGUGCUUUUUUUUUUUUGUACUACAUUCAUGAUGUCCGUAAAUAAAUAUAAUCUAGAAAUGCAGACUUGUGUUUUGUUUUGUAUAUGUUGGUUACUUAUCUGUUUUGCAUUUUGUGAAGUACAUACAUUUAGCUUUCCAAAAAUAUAUUUUGGAACUUAAGGUAGUUAUAUUUUUUUUAAGUCCUCCUAUUUUUCUAAAAUGUUGUGUUUUUUGUUUUUUUGUUUUGUUUGUUUUUGUCUCUUUGCUCAGCACCCUAGUUGCUGUUUCAUAAUGUUGUACAUUAAAUGACAUUGAAGAGUUACCUAUUGCUUGUGUUUAAAUCUCUCCUUAUCUAUUUGACUCUUCUCAGCAAAGCCAUUGAAAAAUCUUAUCAGAGUACCUUGCUGUAAACAUAGUUUAAUCACCAACAUCUCUUUGAUGUUGACAUCUAUUUAAACCUUCAGUAGAACAGAAUGCCAUGAAGCAAGGUUUAACUCUUGCAACACAUAGCAUAUGCGUUGCCAUAUUUCUCCUAAAGCCUUUAGUAGCCUAGGCUUACCACCACCAUCACUGCAAACACUUGCUUUUUAAAGGAAUUAAAAUGGUGGGCAUUGGUUGGUCAUUGGUAACAUCUUCAUGCGAAUACAUAUUUUUACAUUGACUAUUGUGCCUCAUUUUAAAGGUGCCUGUGAUGUUCUGCGAUCCUUUAGUGAUUGACUAUUAAACAUUAGAGAGGGAGUGAAAGCUUUUAAGGCUUUCAAAGGUUUUCUCAAACUUUGUAACAGCUUUACUUAAGACCAAGUUGCCUUUAAUUUGUCUUGCCUAUAACAUCUGCAUGUAACACGUGGGACGACAGAGGGAAAAAAAGCAAAACACACAGUGUAUUGUUUUGAUAAAGUGUCCUAUUUUACAAGCGCACCAUUCGUUAACAUAUUGCUGUACAGCAUUUAAUUAUCCAGUUAUGGUACUUAUUGUAAAGAUAUAAAACUAUCUUAUUGGACUCACUAGACAGGACACAAUAUGAGUGCUGUGCAUGCUCUUUAAGAAGCGUCUUGCGCGUUGCAGUAACACAAACUCAUGAAUGAAUACUGCUUAACCGAACACCUUCAUAAGCAAUUGUAUGUCCUUCUGUCAAUCUGACAAGUAGGUAUUGGCUUCUGUGUUGUGCAAUAAAUAACUAAAGCUACUUCUCAGGGUGCAUUUACUUUACAUAGUUGGUGCAUUAAAAAAACAAAAAACAAAAAGCAGGAAUUACUUAAAUUUAAGUAGUAAACCUUUCUACUUGUCAUUAAAUCUACAAACUGUUUGACCCUUUGUACAGCGCUACGGAAUCUGAUGGCGUUAUAUAAAUAAUAAAAUAAUAGUAAUAUCCCUGACCUUCCUAUGACUUAACCACUAAAGAUUUACUCAGAAAUUUGCAAGAGUAGUUUUUAUGGUUUUUUUCCCCUUCCAUUUUGAGGUGAUAUUUGAAGCAGUGUUGUGCAUGUGUGGAGUGCCAUUGGUUGUCUAAGAAAUUAGUGGGUGGAGCCAGUUUGGAUCUGUCCCUCCACCUUAACCUUGACUAUUUUGAUAAUGCGUAUUAAACCAUCUUGUCUCUUUAACCCCUUAAGAACCAAACUUCUGGAAUAAAAGGGAAUCAUGACAUGUCACACAUGUCAUGUGUAUUUAAGGGGUUAAUGCUGGUCAAUAUAAAGUUGGUUUGAAAACUAGCAUUUAGAAAAGUGCAUUUAGUCACACAAUUAGACACAUAGAUUAAUGGUAUAAAUCCCAAUUCUAAUCUAUAUAUAUUGAACUGGAGCAAUGACUUUGGGGAAAAAAAUCAAGUUUAGUUUAAGAACUUUGCACUGAAUUGAUCCUCGGCCAUAACACAUUUUGAACCAAAUUAUUGUUUUUACUGUCAAAUGCAAUAUAAUAUUAAACACAAUAUUGUCCUAUGUUUUCCUUUGAGAACAAGACUUCAUAUUUUCUUGCCGUUAUCUGUGUUACUACUUUAUGUAGGGGUUACCUUUUCUUUAAUCCUAACUUGCGAUUUAAGCAAAUGAUAUGAAGAGGUUCAGAGAAGACCUUUGUGAAAUACUAUCAUCCUAGCAAAAUAAACAAUGUAUGGAGGUGAGCUUCCCAUCCUGUGCUGCUUGAUUCAAGUGCAAGCAAUAAGCACAUUCUUGUAUGUGUAUGUAUUUGUAAGGACAUGUAAUGCUUUGAAACCAGACACUCUUCUGAUUCUGAUGACAAAACAUCCUAUAAUAAACAUUUCCUUGCUAAAAUGUUUGUGUGUGUGUGUGUGUGUGUGCGUGUGUGUUUAAAUUCAAUAUCAGGCUCUGAUAUGUAUAUAUUAACAUUCUAUGGAAAGGUGACAUUAUCAUCCUACUGUAAUAUAUAAAGAGUUAAACACAUUGUGAUGCAGAUGCAGAGCAGGCAUAGCUAUUUAAUGACCUUGGCUUAGCUGUACGGUUUAUUGCAUCCAAACGUUUGUUUGUUUGCUUGAACCAUGAUAUUCUAUACAAUAUUAUAGGUCACAGAAGAAGGUCUGCAUCUCUGAUUUUUAUUUCAAAUAAAAUGACCAUGUUCUUUUUUGUCUUUAUUUCCAUUUAUCACAACUGUUAAUGCAGCAACAAUCAUCAUAGCUUAAGAAUAUAGUAAUGCUAUGUAUAUCCCAAUGCAGUCCAAUCUUUUCUGGUGAGGUUCUGCCCUGUGACAUUUGACACAUCCUUCAGCACAUUACAAUGAAAGAGAUGUUCUUAUAGCUACACUUGUCAAGUUAUUUCCUUUCUUCAAGAAAACCGUUUUGCAAUCUCCUUGCUUUCCUAAUAAUGGAUUCUAGAAACAUUGUUAACAAGGCAGAAUAUUUUAGUUGUAUUGCUCUGUGAUGGCAUGUUUUUGAAUGAUUGCAACUUCUGUUUUGAUGCUCGCCCGUUUGAUUUUGGGUGCAUUUAAUUUAUUUUUGGAUUGAUAUUCAUUUAAUAGCCUUUAGCAUCAAUUAUGGAUACUGAUAUAUGCCUUUAUACAUUAUUUAUGUACAUUCAUUGACAGGUAUUCAAUGUUCUAUAUUUUUUUUAAUUUUUUUCCACUCCAUUUUAGGUUUUAUUUUAGCCGAUUAUUCAAAGGGUGUUUGAAACAUUACAUAUUGCACGACAGUGUAUAACUAAUAAUAUUCAGUUUUUAUAGAUGCAUGGCAUUGUGUACUAGUUGUCAAUUAAUAGUUAAGGUAUUGCUAAAAUGCAAACUAAAAUAAGAUCACAAAUUAUUCAACCAAUGAUUGCAGACUGUAGAUGACAAUAGAAUGAGUUUUAAAGAAUAAAUAUAUUUUUACUAUUUUUUUUUCCUUUUUACUAUGUUCUUUCAACUGUAGAGCACCUAAUGUACCGUAAAAUCUCAGCAUAGUAAUAUUAUAAAUGAAUUGAUCAUGAACUGUCCAUCUGCGUAUGAAUGCAAAUGGCUUUUCCUACUGUUUUGAUAUAAAAAUAUAUCAUUAAUAAUCAAUUAUAUUGUGGUGAAACAACUUAUGAUUUUUAUUGUUUAAAUAUUUUGAAACUAUUCUUAUUGACAGUAUACUGAUUUUGUUUGUAUAGAUGGCUGAUUCAUGUUUACAGACCUAAUCUUUGAGAAGAUGUUUGUAUUUACUUGUCAAAGCCUUUUUAUUGUCAGCAUUAAAAAUCAGCCCUGUCUGUCUAUCUAGCUUUUAUUUAAAAAGAACAGAUUACAACAUUGCAAUCUCCUGAAAACCUAAUCCUAUCUUUUUUUUUUUUUUUUUUAUGCAUUUUAUUUAUUCUCCCCAAAGGGGGAUUUUAUCAAUAGGCAUACAUAACUACAACUUUUUUUUAUUUUGGACCUAGGCAAAAACAAAGGAUAAAUUGCCUGUGAAUAAUCUGCCUUCUAUCAAUGCAUUUUCUGAGUGCAAACUAGAUUUCCUUCCCAACAUUUUAAGGAUGCCUUUGAAUGUUAAAUAAUAUGAAAUACCUGCUAGAUGAAAUCAAGGUAUUGACCAAUGAGAGAAGAGAACAGGAGAAUCACUUCUAAAGAGCUAACUAUUUUUCCUGGUUAUAUAAAAAAAAAUUCACAUUUCUUUUAAUCUUUAAAAAAAAAUUUUUGCCUGGCUAAAAGGUACAACUAUAAGGUUCUCUUCACAGUAUAUCUUGAGAUUUCUGUGACAAUAAACAUUGUGUGUAACAAGUCAAACAGUGUGGCUUGGGAAAAGGAUGUCUGGCAGAGUACAAGGUUCUGCCACAUAGACUUACAUCAGCAGGGAACUGGUUAACUUUCCUUCCCCCACUCCAUUGAAGAACUUUGAAUGGGAGGAAUUUGUACCUUUGGCUCAGGUUGCAGAUUCUCUUGAUCAAACCAGGGAAGUGAGGGUCAUAGCUGUUCUUUGCUUACCACUUCCUUGGGCAAUUUCUUUUUUUCUACAUACAUCCUUCCAAGGAACUCUAUUGCCAAAGGGGUCCUUACUGUGUGCCUUGCUGACCCUAAAAUCCUAGCUAAUGUUUUUUUCUAUACUUUUUUUUUUUAUAUCGACUUUUUAAAUUUUAUUAUUUUUCUUAAGCUGUGUAGCGCUUGAUUAAUAAACAAACACUUUAAAAUGGCCACAUUAAUAAAUAAACACAAAACAUACUACUGUCUUCUAUAUUUGCAUUUUUCAGGAUUUUUAAAAAAAAAAAAAAAAUCUGUUUCCACCUCAGAUAUUCCUAUUUUAGAAUAUUUUUUUUUUACAAUUGCAGUAUUUGUUUUGUGUUGUGGUUGGCUUCCCAAUUGUACAUCAUUUUAUUUUUUCCCCUUAACCGCCCAUUAUUUAUCUCUCUAAUAUCCUGUUUUAAUAGCUGAUGUUUGGCUAUGGCACAUGUUUACAUCUGUUUUUAUUGAUGUUGUACUGGCAGUAUUUAUAUCCCUAAUUGGAAAUGGGUUGCAUCAAACGUGUUACAUGUUUAUAGAGAGAUGUAAACACUUUUUAAUCUGCGCCUUGUCUAAAACAUACUCCUAGCACUUUGUUAUCUAUUCAUCCUAAAUAAUGUACACAUUACUGUUUGAGGAACGAAAGGACCACCCAUCACUCUAGUCAAUGGAUACUCCUAUGUAUUCAUGCUAAUUCUGAAGUGAAUCUGCUGUGUGUAUGGAGAAGCCAUAUCUGUUGUGUGGUUUUUUUUUUUUUUUAUUAAAAAUUAGCAUGACUGUUUAUUACUCAUUAAAAAAAUAAAAAUGUAAAUGAAAAUCUAUAUCAGCAUGGAAUCAGUCUGGUAGAAAUCUUGUUUUCACCGGGUGUAAGAUUGGUGCAGGAAACCUGGUGGGGGAGGUGCAUGCAGUUUUCACAUUUUUGAUGCAUUCAGAAGGUUAAAGUGGGCCCCCAUUAAGAUUAACCUCAGCCCAUUACAGCUUUUUUGGCAUGCAGGCCCCACCCAGGAAUGGCCCUGGACAGUUAAUACCAGCUUUUGUUUCUCCUGCAAAAAGGAUUUUUUUUUCUAGCAGAAAGGAAAGAAAACUGUUCUCUUUCUGUGUUCUGGUCAUGUGACUUCCCUUUAGUGAGUCAUAGAUAGGGGUUGAAGGUGAAUCAUAGGAGGAAUCAAGAUUCAAGAAUCCCAUUUUUAUUUAUGAAUUUGUUUACUUGCUUAUCUACUCAUGUGUGUUUCUUUAAAAACCAAAAUUAAAUGCAGUGGUUUUUAUUUUUUAAUAAAAAAAUAAUUUUAAUAUAAUUUGUUUUCCUUUUUUUAUUUUUUCUUCAUGAUUUUUAUUUUCCGUGGUUACUGAGGUGGUCUUUUUAUUCCUAGUCUUUAUACUUUAUUUUAAAUCUUGUUUUUUUGUGUGUGCAACCUUUUUAUGGUACUUUUUCAAAUGAAAUAUUUAUAAUUAGGUACAUUGUAAAACAUUUCAACAAUUGCUACUUGUAUAGUUUUUUUUUUCUUUUUUAUAAAUGCCCACUUUAUGCAGGGAUCUACAUGGACAAAUUCAAUAUAUUUGAAUAUACUUGUACUGCUGUAUAAGUAGAUGUCGUGCCACAGUAUUUUCUGAGUGUUUGUUUGUAUGUGACAUUUUGAAAUAACAGUAUGGCAGCAAUUUGUACUUCUAUGUUUUUUUCUGUUUGUUUGCUUUCGUGUAGACAGAGCUUUCUGACGUCACUGUCACCAACAAGACCAAUUAAUAAACUUAACAAAAUGUUAGCCCAAAACUGAAGGAUAGCAGGUUUUACAAAAUGCUAAAUAUUGUUAUUUUACAUCUGCAUUAUUGGACAGCUAGACCUCUCCAGGCUAUGUCUGAUUGCUUGUGUGUGUGUAUUUAUGUAUGUGUGUGUGUGUGUGUGUGUGUGUGUGUGUGUGUGUGUGUGUAUGUGUAUAUAUAUAUAUAUAUAUAUAUAUAUAUAUAUAUAUAUAUAUAUAUAUGUGUGUAAUGCUAAAUAUUGUUACAUCCAGAUUUUGAAUCCUGCAUUGUGUGUUUGUGUAGCAUUUGUGUCUUGAUAUCUGUACAUUCAUUAGGAAAUGAAGCAUGAAAAAAUUAAAUAAUGAUUUCUUCCCUAUCCACCACCACCAAAAAAAAAGGAAAAUAAAAUUAUACAGACAUAAAAUCUAUACAAUAGCAACGUGCUGGUUUAGGUAGAUGCGGUGAAUAGUCAUUUGAUGGUUUUAAACUGCCCAUUUGAUAGUGGAAAAUUAAAUGUUUUUGCUCUUUUUCUAAUUCCUUGUCAUGCUAGCUCUGUUUUUGAGCAGUAGUGAACGUUACCAUAUUUUCUCUGAACUCACAUGGCCGCUACAGGGGGGGGAGGGGUUCCCACCCACCAAGCAUCUGAUGGUUAGGGGGGGGGGGACUGGGAUUCUUGUUAGAGAGUUGUAGUAUAAACCCUCCCAAUUUUAACAGAGGAAGAACAUAUCAAAUCCACAUCUCUUGUAUGUAACAUGUGAAAACAAGAUGAUUCACUGAUUAGCCAUUCCUGCCUCUCUUGUCCACACAUGAUGGCCUGGCUGCUCGGAACAAGACAUUCCUGUGGCUUGUAGCCUUAGAUUUAUUCAGACAGGCUUCUUGAUGUACCACAAAUUGUGUUGAGAGAUUACAAUGGAGCAUUCUACAUUCAGCAUGCAGUGUUUUCGUCUCUAACAACUUGUUUACAGUUCUAUGUUCAGUUGUUUCUCUCAUAUGUACUUAAGUAAAAACUACGAAAUGGUGAAAACUAAAUGCAAGGCAUAAGUUAUCCUGCUGAAACAAUUUUGUAAAUAACUGUAUUAACUGCAUUUUGUUUAUCAAUGCACCUGUCUCUUGUGUUGUCUUGUGGUUUUAUUUAUUUAUUUUUGUGAUCUUUUUAAGAAACGUUUUGUGUUUAUUUCAGGCAAAUGACGAAAGUCCUCAAACACAGUUUAUCUUCUUGAAAAGACCAGAAUUUCCUUAUUUUUCCAUUUAUGCGAUUUGUGAAAUCUGCUGUUGCGAUAAGUAAUAAAUACUGUGUGUAAUAUUUCACAUACCUUCUAAUGCCUCUGGGUAUGGUGUAAGGCAAGGACUCACAGUGAUAUGUCUACAAUGUAUAUCAAGUUCUUUGCUUUUCUUUUGCUAGCAUUUUUUCUUUGGGACCAGUGACUCUCACAUUUUAUUUUAAAUAGAAACUAGUGGGUGCUUUAUUUUGUGUUCUUUUGCCAUUUUAUUAAACACCUGUUUGUUAAAGGGGCACUUAAAGGAACACAUGUAGUGUCAGGAGUAUGUGUAUUCCUGACACUGUAGGCCUAAAUGCACCAUUUAGCCUCCUAACCCUCCAUUAAAAAGGUGAUUUUCGUAAAAAAAAAUAAAAAUUGAAAGCUCCGUUGGUUUACUCGCAGCUGGCCCCUCCCCCUCUUCGCCUCCUAGACUGAGACCAUUAAAUGUGAUGAUCUCCGCCAAUUCAAUGUUUUCCCAUAGGACAAAAUCAGUGCAUCUCUGAGGAGCGUUGAGCACCUCCAUGCAAAGCUAGGAGACGCUGAAUGGCAGUACUGCACAUUGCACAUCUGAAUGACGGCCACUAGCAGUGUUCCUAGGUAGUACUGUAAACACUGCCUUGUCUCUGAAAAGGCAGUGUUUACAUUAAAAAUUCUGCAGGAAGAGGCAGUAGACACCAGAACAAUUACAUUAAGCUGUAGUUGUUCUGGUGACUAUAUAAUGCCCCUUUAAACACCAAAAACAUUGAAUCUUCUGACAACGUAAAACAUUGUCAUUUUAGAGAAAUAGCUUUGUUUACAUUUUGUCUAAACCAUAAAAGUGACAAGUGCUUCUUCAUUGAAGACCUUACAUUUUUGAGGCCCUUUUGUUCUGCAUCAUCACAUGCAGCAUAAUGACACCAGACUCCAUUAAUGCUUUGCAUAGAUAAAUAUUGGCUUUAGUGCUUAUCUAUGAGAAACAUCAUAUUGGUGGAGUGCAGCUGCCUAUGUCCUGUAGAUUUUAAAUGCCUCUCUAUGAGAAGCAUUGGAUUGAUCUGACAUCAUCGACACUGAUUAUCUCAGAAGUGGCAGAGUUUUGAAUAUUUUAUCUAUGUAAAUUGAUGUGUCUAAUUAUCCUUUGUAAUAAUGAUAAUGUAAAACUUUUCAUUAAAAAAAUAUAUUUGAAAAGAAGUAGCAGAGGUGCUGCUGCAAGUGCUGCACGGAGAUUCCUCGGCGCUGGAUUAUAGGCAAGGUUAAUGACUUUUUAUUUUCCCUCUUUAUUCCUUUAAUAGAAAUAGUCAAUACUUCUCCAGUAUAAAGCAUGCAGUCACACUCUGGAUUUUUUUCUUUAAACCCCUUAAAGACACAGUUACAGAAGUAAAAGGUCAGCAUGCUGGAAUAUUUCCAUCAUGUGUCCUUAAGGGGUUAUGAGGCUUAAAAUGCAUGAAUGUUUUCUACUCAGAAAUUUGUUUCUGAUAACUUGUCAUAUUGAAGAGAAAAUACUAUUUUAUUGAAUACUUACUAAUUAUGCUUCCUGUUUCACAUAUUGGAAAGCUACAGAAUGAGUACCAAGUAGGAAGCCUGGUAACAAAGAGAAGGCAUCCCAGUUGCUCUGUGUGUGUUUGGUAUUGGUUUAAUGUGAGUGCUGUUUAGAAUGUCACUGCUACAUUUGUGUCCAUUGUGUGAUUUUAGGACUGCGUAUGAUAGUGUUGCUGUUUGUGUUGUGAGCUAGUGUUUUUUUUGGAAGCUGGAGCUGUUGGUGAUGUGGCUACAGAAGGAUGAGACUCCAAAAAUGUGUUUAUCGACAUAAACAAUGCUGUUUAUGCUUGUCAGAGGAAAUAUUACUUAACCCCUUAAUGACACAACUUCUGGAAUAAAAUGGAAUCAUGAUGGAAUAUUUCCGUCAUGUGUCCUUAAAGGACCACUCUAGGCACACAGACCACUUCAGCUUAUUGAAGUGGUCUGGGUGCCUGGUCCAGCUAGGGUUAACCCAUUUUUUUUAUAAACAUAGCAGUUUCAGAGAAACUGCUAUGUUUAUGAAUGGGUUAAGCCUUCCCUCAAAGCCUCUAGCGGCUGUCUCAUUGACAGCCGCUAGAGGCGCUUGCGUGAGCACGCAAGCGUCCAUAGGAAAGCAUUGUAAAUGCUUUCCUAUGCGACCGGCUGAAUGCGCGCGCAGCUCUUGCCGCCUUCAGCCGACGGGGAGGAGAAGAGGAGGAUCGGAGGAGAAGAGCUCCCUGCCCAGCGCUGGAAAAAGGUAAGAUUUACCCCUUUUUCUCUUUCCAGAGCCGGGCGGGAGGGGGACCCUGAGGGUGGGGGCACCCUCAGGGCACUAUAGUGCCAGGAAAACAAGUAUGUUUUCCUGGCACUAUAGUGGUCCUUUAAGGGGUUAAUUAAAUGCUAAUGUUAAGGAAAUAAUACUCAUUUCAUUUAUAGAUGAGCUAAUUUAUAAACUAUAUUUCUUUUGACCUGCACUUGCUGCUCAGAAGUAAAUCAUGCAUAUAAAACCAUUUUAAUGGCUUAAUCAAAAUCACAUUGUUGGGUUUGUUUGUUUUUCUAAUUAUUUAUGAAGCAUUAUUUUGAACUGUCUGGAAUGUAGUGGCUUCCAAAAUAAAAUAUAAUAAAUAUUUUUACAUUAAUUUUUCUAAAAAUGUGUAAUUUGUUUGUUCAUUGAAUUUUUCUACAAAUGUUGUAUCUUAAUUAUCAUAUAUUAAUGUACUCAUAGAGGAAGAAGAAUUAAGAGCUUUUGUUUGUUUCACAUUUCUUAAACUAUACAUUUUUAAAACCUUUUUAAAAACAGAAUAUUUUUCUGUUUAUUUUUAAAAGAUAUUAUCAUUGCCCUCCCGUUUACCCCUCCGUUCUUUCGUUAAACCCAUGCUUGCGGCAUGCUUCUAGUUGGCUGUCUAAACUCUGCCAUGGUGAAAAUUUUGGUGUAUGCGCACGGUUAAAAUAAAUAAACCAUUUCUAAAAUUCUCUCCUUAUUCCUCUUGAAUUGUCACGUGAAAAAACAUUAUUGAUGAACAUUCUAUCUGAAUGGACAAAAUAAGGUAGACUAUAUUCUGUUUUGUUGAAAAAUAAAUAAAUAUAUAAAUACAAAUAAAUCCCAAAAAAUACCAAAAGUUCAGGAAUGUUUUGUUUUAAUGUAUAUUUUGGAGUUAUGAGAUGGAAUGCAGUUAAUGGUGGCAAAAUCCUUUUCAUGGUUGCCCUUGAAGGUUUGUAGGUUGACCUAGGAAGACUUUUCAUGAAGCUUUGUUUUGUUCUGUAGUGGGGAUAAGGAAAUGCUACUUCACUGAAGCUGAACAAAAUAUGCUGUAGGCAUUUUUGCUAGUUUCCCUUCAUCUUCUCAGGGUGCCCCCUCCUUUUCCCCUCCUCCAUUUUGGUGUGUUUUUCCCUCUAUAAAUUCUAGCUAUGCUGUAUCAUGACCUUGCCAUGUGAACCUUUUUAACCAUACAGGACACUCAUAAAAUCAGAGUAUUAUUCGGGUUUCAUAUUUGAACUGAAGAUCACAAGUUUAGAAAAAGAAAAAAAAAAGUUCAAGCACCACCAAAGCAGCACUGAGAGUGUUCCAUGGUGGAAGGAACACUAUGUGCUCCUGGCUGAGUUUAUGCUAUGUGGCCUUGAGCUUUUGUUUAAUUUUUUUUAAUUAAAUAUAUAUAUAAAAAAAAAAAAACUGUCCUCAGGAAGCUAAAUAGAAACAACUUCAUCCAUUUCUAAACCUUUUUAAGAUUGAACAUUUUAUAUUAACAGACAAUAUAAGGAAAUGUAUUAAUACUUUGAAAAUUAAAUGUAACCUGCGCUACAUUUGACUUUCACCAGUGGUUUUAAUUUAUUUUUAUUUAGAUUUAGCUACAACUGCCUAUUCUUCGAGCAAACAGAACACUAUCUCUCUUUAUUGUAUUCAUUAAAGAAGAAUCACUGCGGCUACAUACCCAUCUCGUCAUUGACUGCGAUUUCUUGUUGGUACACUUCUCAGCCACUUGCUGGUCUCUACACAAUCUAGACUGGAGAUUUUCAGCCAACCAAUUCAAUUUGGAUAUGAAAAAUGUUGUGCAUUUAAUUUUUUUUGCUGCUGGGUUAGAUGUACCACAGCAGGUGGCAGAGUAGAGAUUUUGAGAAUUGUUGCGUCUACAGUAGGGUUGGAGUUCCUGCCCAAUUUCUGUUCUGUGUGGUUUGCUUGUACUGUAAGAUGUUGCUUUUCUGGUCUUAUAAAUAUGUUUACAGUGCUGGCGUCACUUAUAUCACUCCUGUAAAUGUAUAGCUGGUGAAACAAAAUGCCAUUUCACAAAAUAUCUACGCAAGAUAACAAAGGAUACUACUGCUGUACAACUUAAUUGAUCCUAAACCUUUUAAGUAUGUGAAACGCUUCCUGUUCACAUACCAUUCCUCUGGUAUGAACAAUAAAAUGUUAUUGUAUCUAGUAUCUCAGGGGAGUGACCCCUGAGUCUCAAGUUUCAAGAAUUUCACUCUAGUUUCAAGAAGCGUGGUCGAGUUCUGAGGGCCACGUCUGCAUGGCUGCUUACCUGUACGUAGUACUGGCACCUCUGCAUAUUUAUUGAAACUAUGAGAACAUUUUUCUUCCCCUCCCCUCUUUGAGCAGCAGAGUAUAGGAACAUUUAAUCCUUUAAAAGUUGCAAAGGAAAAUACACAUUGUAAGUGAUUGCUGGUUGUUUAGAAUGAGUUCUAUAUGAUUUAUGGCUUUUUAAGGUCUCACCUUAAUCGUAUUUGAAUAGCGUUAAAGUAAGGAAAGGAGAAACUAAUCUAGAAUUUUACUUUCCCAGUACACUCACCACCCCUAUGCUAUUUGUUCUGGCGAGUGUGUAUGUGACCAACACAUACAUGACCCAGACUGGUAUGACUGGUGAUGGAGCAUUACUAUUUGCUUUGACUUAGAAUAAUAUAAUGCUGAGGUAUAUACCACGGGUUAUUCUAUUUCCUUUUUUUUUUUUCUGCAUGGGAUAUGUACUUUAUUAACAACAGACUAAUCUAAGAAACAAAAGUAUAAGGUAGGGUAAAUGCAAUAGUUUAUCAUGCAAGUGCCAGAGCCUGCAUAAAAGGAGAGGCAGUUGACACUUGUGACGGUUUGACUUAAUUUUUGGUCCUUGAUAGUAAUCAGAUUAUUUUAGGAUUUAAAGGAUUAUUCCAAGCACCAUGACCACUUCAAUGAUUUGAAACUUUCAAUAUGAGUGUCCGGGCACUCCAUACACAACUGCUAUACAGAUUGUCGCAUAACCCCCCACACAUGAGCCAAGGGUUAAUGCUGGGAGAAGAAUGGUUUAUUUGGAGCCACACACAGCUUUUUAUGCAAAAGCCCCAACACAGGGUUUCUAACACAGAAAAACAGGAAAAUCCCUCCCAUGAUCAUCUGUGCCUGAGAGAUAAUUAUCAAUAACUAUUAAUACAAAUCGCUAUUAUAUUAUCUCUCAGGGACAGAAAAAUCAAAAAAAUUUUAACCAUCCCAAAAGUACCCCGAAAAUAGAUUAAAACCCCACAAAUGUCACAUACCGAGAUAGCCCGGAUCUAGGCAAACAAUAUAUCCAAAGAAUCACCCAGAUCCGUUUGGCAGUUUUGGGUCGCCAUGGCGGGGAAGUUGAGACCGGUCUGCCACGAGGUUGAAGCUCAAUAUAGUUUCAGGAAAGUUGUGUCAAGAGCCGGUCUCCGUUCAUGGGGUUUUGUACGAAAACCAAAAAAGUUAGAUGAAAGCUGAUUCAUGUAGAAUGCUCCCCGUGUUCGGUAGUCUAUAACUCCCGAACGCAGGUGUAGUGGUACUGGACGGGGAGCAGGUCCAUGGCACUCGACGACCAAGUCCCGCUGCCAGCGUUUGGGAGACAAAAUGGCCGCCAUCCAUUGUCCCGACCACGUGCGUUUGCAUGCAAGAAAUGACGGUCACCCAGUGGAGCAUUCUAUUAAUUAGUUCCUUUGCGGUUUUUGUACAAGAUACUCAACGUUCCACGUUCUAAUGGGUCUCUGAGGUGGUCUUGGUUCAGGAACCGAACAAAAUAAACAAAACAAAAUUAAGUAUGAAUCCAGUUAGGCGAAAGGAGCCAAAAGUGAUGGGGAAUUCCUUCACACAGAUGUAGUUCAAUUUACAGUUGGUGUACUUCUCAGCCACUUCCUGGUAUCUGCACACUAUACAGAUGUUGUGAUUAUGAUGCUUGGAAUGUUCCUUUAAACAUGUAAAAGCAACUUUUCAUGAGCACCUCCAAAGGUGGCAAAAGUAUGGUAAAUAGUUGUGGAAUUAAAUGAGGGACAUCCACAUCUCAUUCCCAUGAACGCUGAACAGUUUGAUACUUUACUUACUGUCUUGGGUGUCACUGUCCUUUCAGUCUAAAUUGAUCUGCUAAAGCAGACUUUCAGCCCACAUGACAAGGUAAGUGGCUAACCGUUUGUAAACCAUUUGACAUAUUACUGUUGGACAGUGCCGUGGGCUCCUGGUGCCAUAACUGCUACAGCGCUUAGUGGUUAUGAUGGUCAGUGUUCCUUUAAGCUUUUCUGUUGUGUUUGAAAUUAAAUUUGCCAGUUUGGUAAUGUUGCCUUUGAGACCGUAUUGAAGCCCAGGAAUGAGAAUUACCCCCAUGAUGGCAUACCAUUUGCAAAAGUAGACAACCCAAGGUAUUGCAAAUGUGGUAUGCCCAGUCAUUUUUAGUAGCCACUUAGUCACAAACAUUAAUAGUUCAUGAGUAAUCAAAGCCCUGCUUCUCCUGAACAAAAAUGAUAUAUAAUAAGUGUGGGUGCACUUAAUAUGAAAGAGGAAAAUCACGGUUGAACAGACCUUUAGCGUAAAUUCCAGUUUUUGUUUACAUUUUGUUUUGAUCAGAACGUCUACUAUUGACUCCGUCCUGAAGGGUUUAACAAAUAUAGACUUGUUGUUGAAAAUAAAGCUUUGUUAGAAAAAAAACAAAACAAAAAAACCCCUAGCUCCUAACUUUUUUUUUUUUUUUUAACUGGUUUAACCCCUUAACCCCUUAAGGACCAAACUUCUGGAAGAAAAGGGAACCAUGACAUGUCACACAUGUCAUGUGUCCUUCAGGGGUUAAACCAAAUUUGUCAAGACUUUAUUUUUUUCUAUCUCUCCAUCUCAAAGUAGGACUAUAUUGUCUUAUGUAUUUUUCUUCCAUUUGACAAAAGGUGAGUUUCCUCUGCCAAGCUUUGCUAGCGAUGGCUGAGGUAAUAUGCAUUUAUUCGCUGUUUGUGUUACAAUAUCUAUGGAAGAUCCUGCGAAACCGUAUACCAUAGAAAUUAGUGCUGUGUACACGCAUGCAUGAGAGUACAGCACUGACGUGUGCUCUUUGCGGAUGAAGUCCCAGUACCUGUCUCAUUGGUAAUUAUGGUUUUUUAAAAAUUCGUUGAGGGCAAUUAGGCAUGUGUAGAACUUUGACAUAUUUAGUCGUAACCAAGAAGGGAUUUCAGAAGUGCAUUCAUUUAAUCUCCAGUAUGGUGUCUUGGCUUGGAUGUCUUUUGUGUAGCAGCUCAAAAGUAUUAUUCUAGAUUAUCACUUAAAGGAACUGAAUAGACACCAUAACAAUUUAAUUGAAAUUAGGUUAUGGUGCCCAGAGGUCCGUGAUGCUUUCAUACCUGAAGGGGUAAACCGUUGGAGAAGUCCGGUGACAGUCAUAGCCAAUCAGCGGUGCUCCUGCCUGGUAGUACUCCGUGCUUCCUGAAACUACAUUGAAUAACCUGGAUGUUGCUGGGGAAAGAAAGAUCUGGCCCUAGAGAGAAAACCUUGUGGUUAAACCGUUUUGAAAAUGUUUUUGUUCUCUACCUGGAUUCCCCCCCCCCACCAUCAAUGCCGGAGAGCCAGAAGUUCCUUGGUGAUAGCUGAAUACUUAGCUCAGACACAGAGCUUCUGUCACACCAUAGUUUGUAGUGGAGGCAGACCCCAAUUAAGAAGUCAAAAUAAGUUUGAUUACUUACAAAAGGGGGGAGAUCGGGGCACUUCUGGCUCAAUAACCACAAUCGCGUGCUGUCGUGGUUAUGGUGCAUGGAGUAUCUUCAUUUUUAAAAAUUUAUCCAAAGCUUGUCAUUUAAAGAUUGUCAGUUUAAUCCCUGCAUGCUUCUAAUUUCUAAGGUGGUUUUUAUUUAUUUAUUUUUUCACAGGUGUAUUGUAAUUGGAAAUUUGUAGCAAUGCCAUAAACGUAUAUGUAUUAUUUUAAUAUAUUUUUGUCAUUGCACUGAUUUAUACUUGGGCAAAUGACAUUAAAGGAACACUACAGCAUUGGAAAUACAAAUUUAAUCCUUUCUUGGUCCCUCACGGGUGCAUAAAAAAAAAAAAAAAAAAGUGUGCUUCACAGAUUGCUUUACAAUAUGCUGCUCAUAUCUCUGUUACACAAGAGUUAAAUAAAUGAAAUUGAUUACUUCUCGCCCUUCCCCACCCCCUUCUUUUGACAGUCAUUUUGAUAUUUAAUGAAGAGACAAAGAGGUGUGGAGCCAUAUAUUCUGUUGGUAAAGUCUGGCUAAUAUGGUCAGCACAAUUCAGACCUUCUCAGCACCCAAUUCCAUAGCAAGUGGGAUCCAACCAUAGUCCACAGUCUAGCUAUCACAAUAACAUAACAGUGUUUAACUGCUACCUUAUUGUGUAUAAUAAAAAAUUUUUUUCCCGGUAGUAAAUUAAUAUUUUUACAGAUGUUCAUGAACAUACUCUACCGAGAGUGGGACCAUCUGUUUACAUGUUGCUAUGGAUGUUAUUUUUAAGGAACUUAAAUGUAGGCUUUAAGCAUUUAAUAUUUAGCAGCACAGUUUUGCAUUUGAUGCCAACAGUGCUGAGAUUUAGCAGUGCGCCUUAUUCACAUGAAAGCUGAAUCCUUCAUGAGUCAGUUGUUAAAUAUGAAAAGGAAAUCAUGAGUGUUACUGACUAACAGGGUGUAAAAAGGCUAGUGGAAUUAUGGAAUUAAUUUAGUGUGACAUAUAUAUUUGCUAUUUAAUAAUAAAGUUAAAUGUUUUCCAAAUGUAUUAUUUUUUAUUUUAUUUUUGUUGCUUUUUUUCUGGUGGUUUAAAAAAAUUAAAAUGGCUAGGUGUCCCAUUACUUAAAAAAGAUACUCCAGGCACCAAUACAGCUUUAAUGCCUUUUGAUCGAUGUUUGCCUCUUUAAAGGAACACUAUAGGGUCAGGAACACAAACAUGUAUUACUGACCCUAAACCCACAUUGCUAAACCCACCAAAAGCAAUGAAAACUCACCUUAUAUCCAGUGCUGCUCGGGUCUGCCGGCACUGGCCCCGCCCCCUUGACGACAUCAUCUCAAUUGCUGAUUUUUAGCCAAUCCCAUGGGGAAAACAUUGGAUUGGCUAAAAUAGGCAAGGGGGCAGGGCAAAAUGCCAUUUUGUCCAAUUAGCACCUCCUCAUAGAGAUGCAUUGAAUCAAUGCAUCUCUGAGGAAAAUUCAGCGUCCCCAUGCAGUGUGUGGAGACGCUGAACGGUAGAGCUGCCUACUGUGCGGCACUGAGCCAGGAAGCACCUCCAGUGGCCAUCUCUCUGAAAAGGCAGUGUUUGCAUCAAAAUGCCUGAAGGCAAUGAUUAUACUCAUCAGAACAACUACAUUAAGCUAUAGUUUUUCUGGUGACUAUAGUGUCCCUUUAAUAUGUAGUUUUUGUAUGCUCAAAUCUUUAUAGUUUUUGCACACAAAAGUAAAUGUUAUGAAGAAUUCUGCCACCUCAGCCACACCCCCACAUGCCUGAAAGACUUCCUUAUCAAAGGCAUGCACACAGCCCCAACAGCAAUGGAGUGAGCGGCGUUUCAUUACAUUGCAGGUUUAGGACAGCCACUAGAGGCACUUCCUGGUGAGGAGGCGACUUUUGGUCACGUAACUGAUGCUGGACGUCCUAACCUCCUCAUGAGAGUGUCCAGCAUCAAGCAAAAUCCCAUAAGAAAGCAUUGCAGCAAUGCUUUCCUAUGAGGAGGACCCAAUGCACUCGCCGCUUUAGUACAAUAGGCCCUCCUCAUAGCUGCAGUGCCUUCCUAUAGGGUUUUGUUUGACGCUGGACGUCCUCAUGAAGUGAUUGAAGUCAUCCAGUAUCUAAGUUAUCUCUUGAAUGGUAAUGUCACAAAAUUAAUUACCCAUUUAUAGUUUAUUUCAUUAAAAUUUUAAUGUGGCUACUUGACGUUUUAUUGAAUCACAUAAUUAUCUUAAUUUGUAUUUUCCUUCAGAAUUAAUCAAACCAUGUCUAGGUCGAAUGUGUAAUGCACAGCUUUCAGUAGGAAAUUAAGCGUAAAGGAACACUAUAGGAUGAGGCACACAAACGCCUAUUUCACGUUUGUGCAUUGGAAAACCUUGGAUUGGUUGUGAGUGUCAAUUCUGAUCAUCUCAGCCAAUGGGAUGGAGGCAGAGCCAAACACAACCCUGGCCAAUCAAAGUUUUUAUGCAAAGCGUGGAGACACUUUCUUGGCACUGCAGGUCCCCUCUCCCUCCCACCCCCCAUCCCCGGUUGCUGAAGUGGUGAAAACCCCUUCAGUGACUUACCUGAGACCCCACCGAUGUCCUUCAGCGGUGGUUUCUUCUUGCCGCCACUCCUCCCAGUCUUUACGUUGGCCGGUGGGCAAGACUGAUCCCGCCCACCGGCCGGGGAGACCUAAUGCGCAUGCAUGGCAAUGCCCUGCAUGCGCAUUAGAGCUACCCGUAGGAAAGCAUUGAAAAUGCUUUUCAAUGCUUUCCUAUGGGAAAUUGAGCGAUGCUGGAGGUCCUCACACAGCAUGAGGACGUCCAGCGACGCUCUAGCACAGGUCUAGGUUUUCUGUGCUAUAUAAUACACAUACAGACAGACUGCUGAGUACAUACACUGGUGAAUACACACACACAGACUGCUGAGUACACACACAGUCUUCUGAAUACAUACACAGAGUCUGCUGAAUACAUUAACACACACAGACUGCUGAAUACAUACAGACACACAGACUGCUGAGUACACACACACAGACUGCUGAAUACAGACACUGCUGAAUACACACACACACAGACUGCCGAAUACAUACACUGCUGAAUACACACACAGACAGACUGCUGAAUACACACACUUAAAUAUACACACAGACUGCUGAAUACACCCACAAAGACUGCUGAAUACACACUGCUGAGUACACACAGUCUGCUGAAUAAAAACACACACAGACUGCUGAAUACACACACACAUACAGACUGCUGAAUACAUACAGACUGCUGAAUACACACACACAUACUGCAUUGAGGGGUGCAGUGUAUGUGUUUGUGUGUAAGGGUGUGGAGUGCUGUGUGUGUGUCUGAGGGGUGCUGUGUGUGGGGGGGUAGGGAUUCUGUGUGUGUGCGGGGUAGGGGUGCUGUGUGUGUGCGGGGUAGGGGUGCUGUGUGUGUGUGCGCGGAAGGGGUGCUGUGUGUGUGCGGGGAAGAGGUGCUGUGUGUGCGGGGAAGGGGUGCUGUGUGUGGGGUGGGUAGGGAUUCUGUGUGUGGGGGUAGGUGUCCUGUGAGGGUAGGGGUGCUGUAGGGGUAGGGGUGCUGUCUGUGGGUGGUAAGUGUGCUGUGUGUGGGGGUAGGAGUGCUGUGCUGUGGGGGAUAGGGGUACAGAUACAUUUAAAAAAAGGAGGGGGGUGACACAGCCAUCCCUGUGGUCCGGUGGUGGUGGUAAGUACUUUAAGGAGCAGCUCUCCUGUUGUCCUGCACGAUGCUGUGUGGAGCGUUGCCAUGGUAACGCGUGGCAACACUCCACACAGCAUCGCGCAGGAGAGCUGCUCCCUAGAGCCCUCCCCCUGUCCUCCCGACACGGAAGCAGAGUAGGCGCCUGCCGUUUUGGGCAGGCAGGCGCCUACUCUGCAGAGAGCCAGCGGCUCCCUCUUCCGGCGACCUAUGGCUGCGUGUCCACAGAGACGCCCCGGCGUGCCACCUGUGGCACGCGUGCCACAGGUUGGCCAUCACUGCUCUAGUGGCUGUCUUCCGGACAGCGACCAGAGGCGCAUCUGCGACGCUGGAGGCAUAUUAUGCCUCCAACACGCAGAGCGUCCAUAGGAAAGCGGGGGCAGGAGAAGCUGACGUAGGCGGGGGAGGGGAGGUCACCAACGCCAAGGGAGCCUGGCGCUGGAAUAAGGUAAGCUGCUGAAGGGGUUUUAAACCCUUCAGCGCCACAGGAGGGGUACCCUGAGGGUGGGGGCACCCUCAGGGCACUAUAGUGUCAGGAAAACCGCUUUGUUUUCCUGACACUAUAGUGGUCCUUUAAAUGCAUGUCAAGAUGCUUGGGACAAUGUACAUAUAACAUUUUCUGCAGCAUGGAUGGAAGAAUUUUCUAUGGAAAAUUGACUAGUUUUUAUCUGAUUGUUUUUUCUUUUUUCAUCUGCUAGGCUAAGGCAAUUAAUGAAAUGUGUAUCACUAGUUAUGAUUAAUAUAAUUUCUAAGUGUUUUGUUCCCAUAUCCCCCUUUGAAGUCCUAGGAGAUUCCCUUCCCAGCUGUUAACUACAGGUUUUGUUACCAGUAUCCCGGUGCUUAAAUGCAUUGGGUGGGCCCUUAAACAAUGAAACAAAUACUUUGCUCUGCACCUGUCGCUGUCAGGCCAUUUGUGCUGCCAUUGUGUUGUCUCUGUAAACACCAUAUAGAGGCACCUCUGUCUAUGGUGAUAACUAAAUGCAUGUUGUGUAGAGGUACAGAGAGUCACAAGACACUAGGCAGAUGUCUCAUAAUGGGACAUCUGGCCCUGGAUGAAAGACCUAUCGUUGGGGGUUGAUUCAUGUACGAACAUGGAUCUAAAUGAAUGAAUUGCCCAAUUACACACGGGCAACUAAACCAUGACACAGAAACUAAUUGGUAUUCUUUGCCUUUGGGGGUUAAGUGGGGAAAUAUAUAUAUUUAUAUAUAAAUAUAGAAACGCCUUACCUUUUUAAAUAAUUCCUCCUGUAUGCAAAAGAUUAAAUAAGGCCAAAAAAAUAUAGAUUUCUAGAAUAUUAUUGAAAAUCAUAUUUGCAACAUCUUCCGGAGUAUCUAUUGCUUUGAGUUUAUUGAUCAUAAAAAAUAAUAUUCAUCCAGAGGCCUAUUGUCCUUAUCUACAUUUUUUUUUUUUAUAUAUCAUGUAAAAUGAGUACUUUCACAGCAGGAUCCCUUAUGCGACAAACUUCUACAUUCGUCAACUGCCUUAUUUACAGUAGCAGGUCAGCUGUCGUCAGGCUGCUGCGUACUCUGUGACAGCUCAUCUAUUCGGAUUCCAUUAGAUUUUUAAAUAAUUAUCAUUCUCAUUUCUAACCUUGUUUAAUCCCCAUCCUUAUAUAUUUGGCCUAGUAAAGUGCACAAUUUAAGCAGCAUGUAUGGAUACACCUCUUAAAUAAGUGCUGGAAAAUAAUUGUUUUUAAUCGAUAAACCUAGAAUUCUGGAGAAUUGAAAAGACUAUUUGCAAAUUUGAAGGUAAAAUUGCCGUAUUGGGGAGAAUAAAUCUUUCUCAGGCCAUUGGUUUUCUUCAGCUUGGCUAUUUUGGUCUAAACUUAUUAAUUCCCCUGUUAAUUCUCACUGAAAAUAAACCCGUAUGUGUCAUAGUAAGUAGUUUGGUUGUUUGGGUUGCUGACGCUCACUGCUAUGUGUUUUUUCUCUCGGCACAGAGCUAAGAGGACCAGAUCACAUGUGUCUACUUUAACUUUAACUGCCAAGAUUACUAUUGUAGUAAAUAGCAGAUCUCAUGCGAGAAAUAUUUUGUCUGGGAUGAUGUCACAGAUAAUAUGACCCAUAAGCACAGAAUUUAAAAGGAAACCAUCCUUUUGGAUCGUUUCUGUGCAAUGUUGUAAAAAAACUACUUAAAACCAAACCAAAACACUCAUCAACAUUUUUUUUAAAAUGAGUUUUAUUUAAAGAGACACAUUUUACAAAAAUCAUCCUUGGAAGAAAUGUAAUAAAAAUUCACAUGUGAUAUAACGUAUCAAUUAGGUUUAAUGCAAGAUCAUCCCAGAUUAACAUAGCUAGAAGGAUAUUAUAAAAAUGUAAGAAUACAUUUAAUUUAAUACUGAUGGUAAAGGAGUUAGGCAUAGAGCAAAAAAGAAAAAACACAAGUUAUGACCAGUAUAUAGCCUUGUAGGUAAGGUUUACUGCAGUACCCAGAGAAAAUCCAAAUACAAACAUUUCCUAUUGGGCUUCUGACACCUCCCUCUGCAGCUCCAAGCAGGGUAAAGUAAUCCACAAAAAUAGAAAAAAUUAGGGCAGCGCAAACAAUUGCAAAUGUGCACUUCAAGUGCUACAAAAAUAUUUAUUUACAAGGACAUAAAGUACAAACGUUUCAGGUUAUCCCCUUUAUCAAUUCAUGUCCUUUGGAAACAUUUGUACUUUAUGUACUUGUAAAUAAAUCUUUAUAUUGCACUUGAUGUGCACUUUGCAAUUAUAUGCCCUGCCCUUAUUUUUUCUAUUUUUGUGGAUAACUUAGAAACAUAGAAUGUGACGGCAGAUAAAAACCAUUUGGCCCAUCUAGUCUGCCCAAUUUUCUAAAUACUUUUAUUAGUCCCUGGCCUUAUCUUAUAGUUAGGAUAGCCUUAUGCAUAUCCCACGCAUGCUUAAACUCCUUCACUGUGGUAACCUCUACCAUUUCAGCUGGAAGGCUAUUCCAUGCAUCCACUACCCUCUCAGUAAAGUAAUACUUCCUGAUAUUAUUUUUAAACCUUUGCUCUGAACAAAGUAUUAUACAAGUUUUAUUUUAAUAUAAUCUUUUUCAAAAAAAUGUAUUUGCUUACCUUUCCCAUUUCCACACUUUGACCGCCAUCUUUAUGCACCUGGGUGAGACUGUCAUUUAUCCCAGCUAAUGCAGCUAGUGCUCACUAUUUUGCAGCUGCCCUGACAAAAGGUGCUGCAGGCAUAAAUCGCAUACAUUUUAUAAAAGCAACCGAUGGUUGAAAAAUACUGAUUGGGUACGAUAACUAUCAAACCAGCCAAAGUUGGCUUUCCGAAAUGGCUAAUGAUUUUAAUAUACAUUGAUUAAAAAGUGAUGAUAAUAUAGAGGUGGUAUAUCAAUAAUAUUUUAAGAUGAAGGUCAAUGACAUGUUCCUUUAACAGUUGAUGUGAUAAUCCCCCCUUUCCCCCUCACCCACUCCCCCCUGCAAAAAGGCAUAACUUCCCCUCAUAGUCAAAGCUUCUUUAUAGGGCACUAUAGGCCUUCCAAGACAAGUGCAUAAUAUACUUGCACAUGAGUUUUUAUAAGUUAUUAUGCAGAUUUCAUGAUGCCAAGUCAGUUUGUAUGAAUUUUGCUAGGGAAACUUGGUAUGUUAACAAUAUUGAGACCUGUACCCAAAAUAAUUAAUAAAAGAAGGGGGACACCUUAAAGAUAGGUGGUGACCUACUCAGCAGUAGUCCAGCCAUUACCCUCAUCCAUGUGUAAUCGGUAGUACAGUUGCAAGGAUGUCCACUAUCUGGUGGAGUGCCUGCCCCCCUAUUAACUGCUCCAGGUACCAUACCCAAAUAGUGCCAGUUCUCUCCAUUUCAUAAUAAACUGAUGAAGGUGCGCAGCCCCUGGCAUUAUGCAAUGCCAACCUCCCCCAUUCCGCACGUCAACUAAUUAGCAGCCAUAUCUUUGAUCCACAUCGCUUAUUUAUGCUGACUGUCCAAAUAAGAAAAGUCUGCUCAUCUGUAUGCAGACUUCACAUGCUACAAGAAGGACUUUUUUUUUUCUUUCCAUUUUUAUUGUGCACAAUAUGAAUUGUACUUACUAUCUGGAAGCACUUUUCAUGUACUGCCUAACCGCUUGAUGUAAUCAGAUGUUUCCAGUAAACAUGGUCUAUCUGAUAACGUGAUAAUGUGGGGAGAAAUAUAAAUAGAAGAUAUAAUGAUCUUCAGGAAAGGAUUUUGUUAGGGCUUCUGAAGUGUACAGCAAAUGUUAGUGAUUGAUGGCAUUGCUUGCAUUCUCAAAUGUGACAUUAUCUUACUAUUGCCUCUAAAACUUGAUUAUGGCUUUGUCACCUGACCUUUUGGUUUCUCUUACAAUGAGAGAUGUCUUGAAAGAGGAACAGGAAAUCUGAGACAAACCUGCUUGGUGAUAAGAGCAGCAAGCAGUGCUAACAAGAUGGCGUGACUAUAUAAUGAAUUCAUCCAUAAUUAACAGGAUUUCCAAUAAUGUAAGCAUAGAUUUCAAAUGCCAUUCACAUUCAGAUAGAUAUAUUUGCUGCUCUCUGCAAUGCUGCUUCUGUCUCCCCCCACCUCCAAUAUCUGCCCCUAUUGUGUGUAAGAGCCAGCUGUUGGCAUAGAUCACAGCUGUCCAAGUCAAUUCCUCAAAGAUUGUCGACUCAACAGGUUUUUAGUGUCAUACUUAAUAAAUUUAAGGGAAACUGGGUUAAAGUGGACUCAAUACAAGAAAAAAUUGCAUUGAUCAACAAAGGGAACAUGGUCUGUAAUAUUGUCUUAGAAACACAAUAUUCAUAAUGGCUAACCUUUCAUUUUUUUCUAUGUAUCAGUUCUUUUUUUUUAUUUUAAUUUUUUCUUUUUUUUCUUUCUUCAAAGUAGAAAAUUGAUGGCUAGCUUUUGUACUGUGGAUGUUUAAAGGUAUUUAGGUAUUUCAGUUGACGCCUAGCCAGCUUUCAGGUUAGCAAAGCAUUAUGGGAAAUGCAGUACACAAACAUCUGCAGGGUUUACUUUUUUGGCUUCUAAAGGAACCCCCCUGCACUUGCAAGAUAAAUGUAAUUUGACAAAAGCUAGAUAGCAUUGAUAUGGGCGAUUGUCUCCGUGCCAUUUCCUUCUUCUCUGCCUCCCAUACAGACCUGCCCCGAUGCAUGCCUCUGGCUUCCUGUUUUUGUCCCCACAUUCAUUACUCUCAUGCUCUUAUUUUAUUUUCUGUGUUUUUGUAUUUUCUGGAAUGGUCCUUGCCUUAUUCUAACAGUGGCUACUUGGUAUCCGUAAUGAGAACAAUAUAGACUAGUAGUUCAUGUACAGCAGGGGUGCCCAAAAGGUAGAUCCCCAGAUGUUUUAAAACUACAACUCCUGUGAUGCUUUGUCAUGCUAAAAGCCUGCAAAGCAUUGUGGGAGAUUUAGAUCUCGUACAUCUGGGGAUUUGCCUUUUGCGUACCCCUCAUCUACAGCAUUGUUGGAUGGUAGUCUGGGCUGGAUUUGACCUGUUGUGUUUGUGUCUGUGUGUGGUUUUUAUUUUUUUAAUUGUUUUAUUUUUUUUUUAAUAUAUAUAUACUUUAUAAUGUAACUACAUAUAUAUGUAUGUGUGUGUGUGUGUAUGUAUAUAUAUAUAUAUAUAUAUAUAUAUAUAUAUAUAUGCAUAUAUAUAUAUACACAUACACACAAGAAUAAAAAUAACGGGGAAAAAAAACUCAAAACACUCUUGACGUUACCCUGCUUAUAUCUUUCGCAGUGAGAUCUGCCCUGUCUCAGAAGUGACUCAUCCUAUCAUGAUGCCUAGGUAUUUUGCUAUAGCACUAGUGAGCUUAUCUCUGGGAGUUGUACUUCACUCGUCAUCUUUUACUGUAGAAGAGUUACAACUCCAAGAAGCCUAAGCCAUGCAGCAGUAUUUAUAAUACGAAUAUUCAUGGGCAAAAUCCACCCAGAUAGUGAAGCAUACCUUAGCCUACCCAUUGCAGCCCCUAGCAAUCAUGAUGUUCAUUAUAAAUGUAGAUGAGGAGGAGAUGGUCUCUAUUUUUGUUUUACUGCUUCAAAAUAUGUAGACCUAAAAUUAGAAGACGACACCUAGAUCCUCUUUGCAACAACUGCUACUCUUAGAGUUGUAUGUGGCAAUUGUGCUUAGUAUGCUGCUUUAAAAAAAAAAAAAUGCAAAUAAAUAACUUAUUUACCAUUAUAAGAUCCUUAUGCACUUGCACAGCGGGUGUUGGUAGCAAGCUGAUUCAUCCAUCACAAGGUAGAGACUCAAGCAAUUUGAAGCUUCUCAUUCAGGUCAAUGGGGCCUGAUCUUAUCCUAUGAACAAACAUCAGGAGCUCCACUUCUCCCUUAAGAUGUAUGGCACUCCAAGCACCAUAACUACUACAGGCUUCUAAGAGGACUAGAAGAUGCAGCCCUGGAACCUGACAGGACCCAGACAAGUUGUCAGAACCAUGCUAAAAUGAUUUGACAUCUUACCAUGGGACGGUGCCAGGCCACUCCUAGCACCGUAAUCACUGCUGCCAUCUUUCUUUAAAAACUACUAGCAGCCAUACGGAAAGAGAAAUAAAUUCAAGUUGUAUACAUGCGCAAACUAUGCAUACAUUUUAAACAUAAUUAACACAAGCAGCUCAGAACGGAUUGCACCAUUGCCUAACUGACAGCUCUAUGGGUACCAAACGCUGCAGUUAUAGGCUACUCUCAGAUCUGCAGGAUUCUCACUACACUGUUACCAUAGAAAUGAUGCAGAUUUCUCAAAUGAUGCUCAGAAUGACUCCUUACAUUAUAGUACUUUAAUUUUGAUCAUUCAUCCAGCCCAGUAAAGAUGGUGUGUAGUUUACUGGUGAGAUGAGUGAGCGAUUGAAACAAAAAUCACAAGUACAGUAAAUGUAAAGUAAAUUUUUGUAUUUUUUAUUAUUAAGUAGGUCUCUAUAUCUCGCUCGCUCACUCUCAUUCUCUCAUUUAUUUAUUUUUGCCUGUUUAUACCUUUUUAUAUGAAACCUCUAUGGUAAUAUACACUAAACUUACAUACUAUAUUGUUUAGAUGGACUGUGGAUUAGUUUUAGACAGCAGCGACACAGGCCAUUUGAUCAUUCACCAGUAGCCGUGUGAGCUGCAAAAUAUUCUGUUCAUGAAUCCAGCUUCUAGAGGUGUCAGUAGACCUUCACACAUUCAGUAGAAAUCAGGAUAGCUAACAUAUUUCCCGGACAGACUAUUGUACUAUGAUUAUUAUUUAUAAAGUGCCAUUAUAUCCCAUUGCUCUGUAUCUAGUAAGCUGGUGAAAAAAAAAAUCCUUGUUAUUAGCACCAAUUUAAAAUUAUUUAACUGGCUUAUUUUACUUUUUUUGUUCUUUCACUCAUUGCGAUAAGUAGGGAACGCAGCAAGCAUCAUAAUAAACUAUAAACUUUUUCCAUGGAUAAUUAUGAGGCAAGAUAUCCUCUCUGCCUAUAACUGCAUUCAUUGUAAAAAUAGCUGUAACUAAAUGCACCUUCCCCGCAAACCUCUUUAGAAGUAAUGAGUAUACAGAAUGUAUACUGUACAUGUAUACGGUAUGUUAAAUAUGUGGCGGACAAACUCCUUGCAAGUUCCCAUCACCUCUGAUGUACUAGGAGGCUGUGCAAUACUAUUUGCUCCAUUCAUGAACUAAAACAUGAAUGGAAUAGGGCAACAAGCUCACAGGAGCAACAUUAUAUGCCAUGAAGGAAUCUUCUGCCAAUGCUGAUGUAUGGAAUGUACAGGGCUUAAUAUUUCCACUCGUCACUAGCCACUUGGGGAGUAAAAAUUUAGCAGUGGAGAGUAUUUAAUAAGGCCCGGCUAGUUGAGUAGGAAAUUACAUUUUAUGUCCUGGAAUGUCAAUGUAUGAAAUCAGAAUGAAUUAAGUGUGCAACAUACAAGAGCAUAUUCCAUGUGUUUUAUACAUGCACUAUUAGAGGAGAUGUGGAACAAUCAAGUAAUUUUAAAUGAAUCUUCCAUCCGUAUUCUGUCCCCCCAUUAAUUCAGUAUAACCAACCACACAAAGCGUGCAAGCCUGCCACAAGCAGUGGGUAUUUGGAAUUAGGGAACCGCAAGGAUCCAAACAAUUGCUACAAUCUGGUAAUUUAUCUCGACAGCCUGUGUUUUGAGAAUAGUUUAGAAAAGUUGAGGAAUUAUUCCCUGUGCUAUUGAAUAUGGGAAUAGCUUGAUUCCCUACCUUUCUGUUAUUUUUUUUUUUUUUUUUAAUAGUAAAUAUUGAGUUGCAGUCAAUGGAAACAUACUAAAUUGUCCUAGAUAAAGUAAUGAACUAAAACAAGCUAAUUACCCAUGACAAUAAUGGGAAAUUACCAUCUUUUCUACUGAGACAAUGGCUUGGUGUUUACUCAUCUUUGACAUGUAGCAAAACAAUUGUUAAUCUUUAAAAUAAUCUGUGUUCAGACUGUCCUUAAACACUAUAUCAUUUGAUGUGCAUAAAGAAAACAAACAAAACCUUAAUGUAAUCAUUUGCAGACACUGUAUUUGUAAAAGAAAAACAAGCUGUUCGUUUAGACUACAAACGUGUUAAUUAUUCAGGUCCAGACCACAAUCCCUGGAAUCUGGCACUGCAAAUAUCACGUCCUAUUUUAUAGCAUGCAUCUAACUUUCUUGUUAGAAGGUUGCAUUUGUAUUUGGAAAUAGCAACAUGCCAUCUUUGUGUAACAAAACAUAUUUACCAACUGUUCAUCAUUUUAGGAGUCUAACUCCCUGACAUUAUUGUAGAGCAGACUUGCGCAACUUGGCAAUAGGUAGUGGCCAAAAUUUAAAAAGCCUAAACUUCUUUGGGACACAGAUUUUUAGAGACUCACUCACUCUCCUGGAGGAUGACAUUUUCUUGUGUCCAGGCUGUGGCUGUUGGGAGUUAGGGGCUCAGCCUGCACCCCCUUCUCCCAUGCCUUUUCCUCUGUCCUCUUGACUCUCUUCUUGGCCUUGCCCCCUCCUCACCUGCCGCAUGGCUCCAGUCUCUCUGGGAGGGAGUGACUGCCUGUCCUCCCAAUGCUGCAGUCAGUCAAGGGGGCCAUGCUGUUCAAGGGCCAGGGGGUGCCAGCAUGCUGUAGUUGUUUUGGUGCCUAAAGUGUACUUUUUAAAGGGGAACUGUCACUUGCCUGUGUUUUGAAUAUUAUGUUUACUUAUCCAGUGGAUUUUAACAAAUAGCUCUGCCUGGUCUUAACUGGAUUAUCAUGUAAUUUACAAAGUCUUUCAUAUAAAAUUGUAGCAGAAAUAAUAAUUUAAAAAAAAAAAAGUAUUUGUUUAAUGGGAUUAUUUCUCGAGAAGGGAUGUCUCACCUUUAAGCAUAUUCAACAAUGGGAAGCAGUUUAAUGUUGUUGGUUUUUUUACCGUAAUAUAAAAUAUGUGUGCAGUUUCAAAAAAAAACUAAAAUUAAUCUGGUAAAAUGAGUGUUGAGGACCCAGACUUUAAAAAAACCAAAACUAUACUUUACUCAAUGUUCCAGACAGUAGUGUCCCUGACCUAAUCAAGCUUAAUUUUAAGAAUCUUGGGUCCAAGAUUCGUAUAUUCUUCCUAACCAUUUUCCCGCUACUGUCUUAUCUGCUGUAUACCGUCUUUGUGAUUCAUUCUAGACUAUGUGUUACUUUGGUGUAGGCGAGUACUGUUGUUUUUGUUCCCUUAAAUUAUAAUGUGUUUUCUGUUUUAUUUGUUUUCAGAGCAAACUUUACAUGGAAGGAUUUAGAAGCCUCAAGGAAGGGGAAACAGUAGAGUUCACCUUUAAGAAAUCUUCCAAGGGUCUUGAAUCGCUACGGGUAACAGGCCCAGGAGGGAGCUCCUGCUUAGGAAGUGAGAGAAGACCCAAGGGAAAAACCGUUCAGAAAAGGAAACCAAAAGGAGAUCGGUAAAUGCUUUAUCUAUCAACUUGAUUUUAUUUUUGGACAGGGGAAGAGGGGGUUGUUGUGAACAACAUGGGUAAAUUCUCAAUUUCUACUGAUGAUUAUUAUCUAUAAUAUAGAAAGCAAAGCACAUCCUUGUUAUUCAGGAAGGUGUUUAUAACCAACUAAUUAUUUUAUAAUGUUCAUAGAUGUUAAUAAAUAGCGUAUUUGGACAACUUGGUCUGCCUAUAUGCAAAGUCAAAUUGGUCGGUAAUCAGCUACUUAUUAGAAUAUGGUUUGUAAGUGAACAUGUAUUAAUUAAGCUUAGAGCUAGUGGCUGGCUGCUUUGUAGAAAAGGAACAAUGGCCAAUAAGAACUAACCUGUUUAUGUAGUCUUGAGUUGAUGAAGUAUCUAAACUGUUGAUGCUUAUUUUAUGUCUUUAAGUUAUGUCAAAGCAUUUUCAAAUUCCUUUUUAUAAUAACAAUUUUCUUUCGAGAAAGCCUUAUUAGUUAUCUGCUACCAUUUUUUAUUAUUAAAGUGCAAUUAACACUGCACUGAAUAUUCCAUUAAAAACCGCCUAUAACUUUGCUAACCUUUUUUUUUUUUUUUUAUGCAAUGCUCUAUUUUCUUUUAUAAUGUAUAUUAACAAUUAAGCAAGUGACAUCACAAUCCAGUGCAGACCAGGCAAAGCCAGAGCACAAAGUGUAAAUCAGGAAGAGAACAGAAGCAUUACUUAGUUUAUCGUCUUCCGUUAGCUAAAUUUAGUGGCUGGACGCUCUACGUUUUUAGUUUUCAGACCUCACAAAAGCAUUUAUGCUUAAUAUAGGGUAGAAGCAAUUAUUUGACAGCUACCGCUUAGUUUAAUUCUGGAGUGCCCAAAAUGUAGAUCCCCAGAUGUUUUCAAACUAUAACUCCCAUGAUGCUUUACAUGCCUUUAGAUUGACUUUAGAAUGACAAAGCAUCAUGGCAUCUAUCUUUUGGGGACCCCAGCUUAGUUAGUUUUUUUUUCUCCUGCCAUUUUCUUCCAGUUCCUAGUUCUAUUUUGUAUACUGUUGUUUUUUUGUUAGUUUUUUCUUAAAAGAAGCAUAAUAGUUUGAAAAACAUAAGCGUUUCCAAUUUAGGUGUAUGGUUUGUAAGUAACUUAGAACUGAGGUGGGGCACUUGUGGUUGAACAGUUGCUUUCCUUAUCCAUUGCUGGACACAGUAACAGAAUUGUUAGUCGUGGUUCACCUUUGUUUCUGCUACACCAGUGAUAGUAAGUUGCAGAGUAUUUUGGUAUUUACAUCUAAUCUUCAUCUAGUGGGCUGCACUUCAUUUAUUUGCCUAUUUCUGUUGACUUUAAAUAUUAUAAAACAGAAGUUGUCUCCUUAUUAAUCUUCUAAAUAAGAAUUGCAUUCUAUAACUAUUCUAUAAUAGUUUUUCCUUCCCAGAAUAUAGAAUUAAGUUGAGUUGUUCGUUGUCAUUGUUUGUAUUACUUUAAGGGACACUUCAAGCACCAUAAUCGCUUAAGCUUAGUUCAGUCCUUAUGGUGCAAGUACACACAGUGUCCGGUAUCUGCAUAGUGUACAUCAAAUAGGUUAAAUAAUGGCCGCAUUUAGAUCAUAGCCCUUAGUGGCUCUCUGUUUGACAACCACUAGUAAGCACGGAAAUUGCAAAUUGUAAGCUGUAUGGUUUCUCAGAAAUGGCAUUGUUUUCACUGGUAAGGCCUCGUGGCAGUAUUGUCCCAAAUCACCUAUUUAUGAAUAAAUAUAUAGAAAGCUGGAGCAUUUGUGUUUACUAUUCAAUUAUUCUCCAAAAUAAUCAGAAACUGCAAUUAUUAAAUUUACCAGUUUGCACAGACGGGGUCACUGAACCAAAAUCACUACAGAAAGUUGUAAUGUUGGGUAGUGGUUUCUGUAUUUAUAAGAUUAAGGGAUUUUAGUGCUUACAGAGUCCAUUUAAGAAAAAUUAAAGUAGCUCUUCCACCUUCUGGGGUCUUUGCAUAUUUUGCCGCUUGUAAUGUGAUGGUCUGUGGGUGUUGAGGAUGGUACAUUUUUCUUAUAUCAAGUGGUCCCUGGUGUCUGCUGCCAUCUUCAUCCAGUUAAUCCUAUUCAGCUCCUGGCUCUUCACCUGCCCGAAGCCCACAUCUGUCCUGUAUUCUUGCACAGGUUUCCAUAUACUAUUCCUUUUGCCUUACAGCCAUAACUAGUGAUGGCUGGUGAAAAUUACAAAACUUGAAGGUGACGUUCGGGUUUUUGUCAUCCGUAGGAAAUAUACAGACAUUGUCUUAUGAUCUCUUUUAACUAAGUUGGAAUUUCAGUGAAAUUCUAACACCGUCAAAGUGAGUAUUUCAUAAAGAAUUUACCUUUAUAAAUGACUAAUUUUUGAGGGAGGGUAAAAGAGCUGCUUUAAAAUAAGAAAUAUUUUAAAUUAAUAAUGAACAGUACAAAUGAUGUACGUGGACCAUUAACAGGCUUGCAAAAACUGACCCUUACAUGCGACUAUAAACAAACAAAUAAUACUGAAAAAUAUGCUUAAAGCGGAUCAGAAGAACCUUGCAGUCUGGGACCUAUGGAGUGUAUGCCAUUAUUGUAUGGAAUGCUUGGAUUAACCUGAACGGAGAUUGCUGCUCUUCAGUGACUGGAAGUAAUAUGUGCCGGUAUUUUCAUGAAUGGAGUAUAGCAAGUCCAGAUGUCAGGAAAAUGAUUGUACUUCAAAGCAUCCUACUGAACUGGCUCAGUUGGUUUGCUUGGUCUCGAUGGAAUAGGUGCUGUCAGCGCAGAGUAUCCAGAAUUAGCUUGUAGUACAAAAGCACACUUCAGAGAAUAUAUAGUGUCGUUAUUUCCAAAGCAUAAGAUUUGAGAAUCGGUGAGAGUGUUAAAUAACCUGUGUCAUUGAACUGUACUGUAAAGGAAUUGGGCAUACAAAUUAGGUAUUGACAGAUUAUCAGUUUUACCGAUAUUAUCGUCUGAUAUUCCAAUAGUUUUGUUUUGUAAGUAUCGGCCGAUAAUCACCGGCAAUACUGAUAAUGAAUGGAUGGGCUGGCGCGUCCAAAAGCGUCCCGGGGGGGCGCUAGAUCGGUGUGACCGGCAGGACGUGGGUGCACAGCUCUCCCUCCUGCCAGUCACUCUGUGUAGCGUGGCUGAGCGGAGCAGUACGCACCGCCGUACAGGAACUUGUGUUUCCUGUACCCUGCUGGACUGAAAAGAAGUGCUCACUGAGAGAGCACUUCCUGUCAGUCCAGCCGGGUACAGGAGACUGAAUCUCUUGUACCGUGGUGCGCACUGCUCCGCUCAGCCACACUACCAGAAGGCACACCGGGAAGCAGAGACCAAGGAGGAGAGAGAGAGGGGCACUAAGGGAUGGGGGUGGGGACUCUGUGGGACAGGGGGUGUGUGGUAAGGAUCACUAUGGGACGGGGUGGUUAGGAUCAGUGUGGACAGGAACACUAUGGGGGAGGGGGUGGACAGGAACACUAUGGGACAGGAGGGGAAGGAAACACCUGGGACAGGAGAGGGGAAGAACACCAUGGGGCAGGGAGGAAGAACACCAUGGGCAGGAGGAAGAACACCAUGGAGCAGGGGAGGAAGAACACAUGGAGCAGCCGAGGGGUAGGAAGAACACCAUAAGCAGGAGGAGGAAGAACACCAUGGGCAGGAGGAAGAACACCAUGGAGCAGGAGGGAUGGAGCAGCCGGAGGGGUAGGAAGAACACUAUGGGCAGGAGGGGAGGAAGAACACCAUGGGGCAGGGAUGGGGAGGAAGAAUACCAUGGGGCAGGAGGGGGAGGAAGAACACCAUGGGCAGGGGAGGGGAGGAAGAACACCAUGGGCAGGAGGAGGAAGAACACCAUGGGGCAGGAGGGGAGGAAAACACCAGGGCAGGAGGGAGAACACCAUGGGACAGGGAGGGAGAAAGAACACUAUGGACGGGAAGAGGAGAAAACACUCAUGGGACAGGAGGGGGGAGAAGAACACUAUAGGGGAGGGGGAAGAACACCAUAGGGCAGGAGGGGAGGAAGAAAACUAUGGGCGGGGUGGGUGGGAGAACACCAUGGACGGAGAGAGAACACUAUGGGACAGGGGAAAGAACACCAUAGGACAGGGGAAGGGGGGUGAAGAACACUAGGGGGGGGAGAGAGGAACAUUAAGGGAGGACACUAAGGUACAGGGGAGGGAAGGGAAAGGGAACACUGGGUUGAGGGGGGGUGCUAAAAGAGAAGGGGGAGGAACAUUAAGGGAUAGGUGGGGGCACUAGAGACAGGUGUGGGGGCGGGGUGGAAUUCCUACUGCACAUAUUUACACACACACACUGCAUCCACUACACAAACACAUACACUGAAUCCACUACACACACACACUGCAUUCACCACCCACACUGCAUCCACUACACAAACACAUUGCAUCCACUACCCACACUGCAUCCACUACACAAACACACACACUGCGUCCACUACACAAAUACGCUGCAUCCACUAGCAACACAUUGCAUCCACUACCCACACUGCAUCCACUACACAAACACACACACUGCAUCCACUACACAAAUAUGCUGCAUCCACUAGCAACACUGCAUCUACUACCCACACUGCAUCCACUACACAAACACACUGCAUCCACUACCCACACUGCAUCCACUACACAAACCCACACUGCAUCCACUACACAAACACACUGCAUCCACUACCCACACUGCAUCCACUACACAAACACAUUGCAUCCACUACCCACACUGCAUCCACUACACAAACACACACACUGCGUCCACUACACUAAUACACUAAUACGCUGCAUCCACUAGCAACACUGCAUCCACUACCCACACUGCAUCCACUACACAAACACAUUGCAUCCACUAUCCACACUGCAUCCACUACACAAACACACACACACUGCAUCCACUACACAAAUACGCUGCAUCCACUAGCAACACUGCAUCCACUACCCACACUGCAUCCACUACACAAACACAUUGCAUCCACUACCCACACUACACAAACACAUUGCAUCCACUACCCACACUACAUCCACUACCCACACUGCAUUAACUACACAAACAAGCACACUGCAUCCAUAAUACACACACACACACACUGCAUCCACUGCACCCACUGCACAAACACAUUGCAUCCACUGCACAAACACACACACACACACACACACACUGCAUUUACUAAUCAAAUCCACUAAGCACACAUAAAUAUUCUUGAAAACAUAAAAAAAAAUCUGACUGGCAUGUAUAUUUUGUGCAUUUACCACUUAAUUAAAAAAAAGUGCAAAAAAAAAUUAAUAUGUUAAAUGUACAGAAUAUCGGUAAACUAUUGGAUAUCUCCCUGAAAGUUAACAGAUUAUGUGUAUCGGCUCUAAAAAAUCAACAUCGGUCGAUCCUUAGUACAAAUGAUCGGGAACCAUUCCCACCUCUGUAGUGAUUACAAUGCAUUUGAGCAAUGUCCCAGAAUUAAAUGUAUCCUCUAGGCUGUUUCAGUUAUUUUGACAUAAAAUAGCAGACAUUUUCUAAAAAGAAGGAAAACCAAUAUGGAUCUCAUCCAGCAGUGUCUGUUCAUCCUACUUUCCUAGUUGAGACAAACUGCAAUUGCAAUAUCAUGCUGUAUUUAUCCAGCCCUUCACUAAGAGAGAACAAUGUUACGUACUCUCACAAGAAGAACAUUUUAGGCAGCUAUGCAGGUCUUCUCUAAAGUCUAUCACUUGCCAUCAGGAUAACCUCCUCUCACUGAAUUUCUGAAAUACUAACAUACAUUUUUUUUUUGCCCAUUAUCACGUAUAUUUUGAUCAUUGAAGCCCUAGUUUAACGUAGUUGAAUACAGUGUAUAUUUUUCCCUUUAUCUCAGUUUUAUAAAUGUUUUUAUAACUAUAUAUUUGUUUAAAAUAUUUUUUCUCCUAUAAUGCCGUACAUCCAUCACAUGAAAUCUUUGUCUUGGCUGUGAAAAUAAACUCAUUUAUAGAAAAUAGAAAUGUACGCAAACAGAAUGCACUGUUUGUGCACAAAAAAAUAAUAAAUCAAUAGUAUUCCUUAGUCAUGCUCUUUAUUCUUUAUUUCUGAGGCAUUUACUGAGCACAAAUGUUAUUUCAGCAUUGCACUAUGAUUGUAUAAUGUAGGGGUUGCUUGGCAACCUGAAAAUGCAGGUCUUGCGUAAUUUGCAAUGUCAGGUGGAGCUUUGAAGACCUCAAUGCUUCUGUUGCUAGGUAACUCAAGGUAAUCACAAGACCCUAUAUAAAAAUGCAUGCUAUUGAAAAUGAAAGCCAGUGUCGCGUGCAGAGAAUUAUAGAGACAACUUGUUGCUGAGCACUGACAAAGGGUGGUUGAUAUUUUGUGGUGCAUCUGAAUAAUUCACUCUUUCUCUUCCAUAAUAAAUAGCAUCCCAUGGGGGAGGGGGAUAUAUAUCCCCACACUUGUGGUCUCUUUAAAUCAUGCAUUCUACCUUUUUGACACAGCACUUAAUUAGCAAAAUUAUUCAUAUUUUUCUUUAGCAUUAGGGGCCAUGACAGUGUUACUAGAACAGGUUUUGUGUUUUCCCUAGGAGUCUGUAAUCACUUAUGUAAGUAACAUUAAGGAUAAGACUAAACAAAUGAAGUAGACUGUUUGUAGAGCCCGUGGUUUUGGUGUUAAUUGUGUAUUUUUAACCACAUGUAAAAACGUAUUAGGCUCUUAUUGCCAUUUCAGCUGUAAACAAAUGUUCUUAUUCGUCCCCCAUUUUAUUCAUGGUCCUUUUUGACAGCUUUCAAGUAGAAAGUCUAUGAUUCCUGGUGGGGGAGGGGUUUCUGUUGUAACAUCAUGCAAUAUCAACUUGAAAUUAAAAUGAAAAGUACAUGAAAGACUUGGCUGUGUAGAAUAAGCGUAUAAGCAGUCCAAUUGUUGAACUGCAACUCCUAUCAUCAUUAGCUAACCUAAUAGAAUCCAUAGACCCUUAAUAUUCUUAGCAAGCCAGGUUGCGUUCAGGUGCAAAGUGCUGAAUGUUGAGAGGCAUUCUGUCAGUUUCCUUGGUGAUUUGUGCUCUUUAGCACUGCACUUUUUUUCACGUUCUCAGGUGAAAAGCAUCAGUUUUCACUUUCAUAAAUUUGACCGAUUUUCGUUCUAUACGUGCAAGCUGGCCAGCUAGCCUCUUGCCAUGAGGAAUAAUAUAGAACGGUUACUUAAUAAUUGAACAUCUGUGGGGGGCUGAAGAGACAUCGGGAGGAACUAGAGAGACACCUGUGGGGAGGGAUAUAGAGAGACAUCUGUAGGGAGGGAUAUAGAGAGAUAUCUGUGGGGAGGGCUAUAGAGACAUCUGUGGGGAGGGGUAUAGAGAGGCCUCUGUGGGGAGGGCUAUAGAGAGGGAGACCUCUGUGGGGAGGGCUAUAGAGAGGGAGACCUUUGUGGGGAGGGCUAGAGUGAGACAGACAUCUGUGGGGAGGGCUAGAGCGAGGGAGACAUCUGUGGGGAGGGCUAGAGAGAGGGAGACAUCUGUGCCAUGAGGAAUAAUAUAGAACGGUUACUUAAUAAUUUAACAUCUGUGGGGGGCUGAAGAGACAUCGGGAGGAACUAGAGAGACACCUGUGGGGAGGGAUAUAGAGAGACAUCUGUAGGGAGGGAUAUAGAGAGAUAUCUGUGGGGAGGGCUAUAGAGACAUCUGUGGGGAGGGGUAUAGAGAGGCCUCUGUGGGGAGGGCUAUAGAGAGGGAGACCUCUGUGGGGAGGGCUAUAGAGAGGGAGACCUUUGUGGGGAGGGCUAGAGUGAGACAGACAUCUGUGGGGAGGGCUAGAGCGAGGGAGACAUCUGUGGGGAGGGCUAGAGAGAGGGAGACAUCUGUGCCAUGAGGAAUAAUAUAGAACGGUUACUUAAUAAUUGAACAUCUGUGGGGGGCUAAAGAGACAUCGGGGGGAACUAUAGAGCGCGAGAGAGACACCUGUGGGAGGGAUAUAGAGAGACACCUGUGGGGAGGGAUAUAGAGAGACAUCUGUGGGGAGGGGUAUAGAGAGACCUCUGUGGGGAGGGCCAUAGAGAGGGAGACCUCUGUGGGGAGGGCUAGAGCGAGGGAGACAUCUGUGGGGAGGGCUAGAGAGAGGGAGACACCUGUGGGGAGGGCUAGAGAGGCAAGUGGGGGCGGGGACAUCUGUGGGGAGGGCUAGAGAGAUGGAGACAUCUGUGGGAAGGGCUAGAGAGGCAAGUGGGGGUGGGGACAUCUGUGGGGAGGGCUAGAGAGAGAGAGACAUUUGUGUGGGGCUAUAGAGAGAGAGAUCUAAGGCCAAGGAGAGAGGCAAGUGGGGGUGGGGGGCAAGGAAAGCAGCGGUUAGGAGGAGAGAGAUAUCUAUUCAAUGUGCACACAAACUGACAUUGUGCAUAUACAGAAACACAGAUAACCACCAGAGAACGAGACAGUCAGUGAGAUCUCUUGCUGACUGUGAGAGCAAAGGAAAGAGAGAGAGCCUCUGUGGGGGGCAAGGGAGAGAGAUGCAUCUAUAGGGGAUAGUGAGAUAUCUAAAAAGGGCUAAGGAGAGUGACAUCUAUAGGGGGCUAUAGGGAGAGAGAGUUUGUACACAGGAACUCUUAUAUCUACACAGACACACCACACACAGGCCACAAUGAUACAUAUAUUCACAAUGGUUCUACACUUAGAGACCUGCACCAAUAAUGCAAACACUAUAUAACAUUAAUAGUGAUAAUACUUGUUUUUGUCACUUUAAUGAAACAAAAAAUCUGUUUAUCACUCAUAACUCUGAGAACUUGACAGAGACACUGGACAUAUAAUUGAAUGUUCAGUAUUCACAUUCCAUUUAAGAAGAACUAUUCAUUCACCACAUUGUCCUAGUGCGGCUGUUACACCACCUCACAUACUCACAAAAUGACACCAUUGGUAUUUGUGGAAUGUUAUAGUCAUUUGAAUAUGAAAUGAAACGUUUGUUGAUACAGAUUUAAGAGCAAUUUAACAUACAUGAAUUUUUGUUGGCUGUUUGUAAUUUUGUCAAGUACUGUGUUUGCUGGUGUUGGAAACAUAGAUUGCAAAAAAUAAAAAUAAAAUCUUCUUUUUAAAAAGAACUCUUAGCACAUCCAAACUAAAGGAAUCGCUGGCCCACAAAGCCAACCCCCUUAUUGGGAAAUCUCACUUACGUGUGUGUGUGUUGUCAGAAUGUUGUGUACUGCCAGGGAGGUUAGGUCUGUGUGGGAAAGUGUAUUUUUUCCCCCAAAUGCCUCCUACUUGCUUACAGAAUGGAGUUUCAUCCCUGGCGGUCCAGUGGAGUACACUCUUGGGGGUCUUAUGCCUGGUGAUCUGGUUGGGAAGCUUUGUAUUCUACACCUAUAUCAUGCACAGAUCACUUUGAUAGCUUCCAUGCAGUUUCCAGCACUUAUUUAAUGACACCGAGAUCAAACGCAAGGAAAUUGCGACAGAGCACUUAAAGGAUCACUAUAGUGUCAGGAAAACAAACACGUUUUCCUGACACUAUAUAACCCUUAGGUCCCCCCACUGUAAGGGUCCCCCUCCCGCUAUGCUGAAGGGGUUAAAACCCCUUCAGCUACUUAUUUUGACCCAGCGCCGGGCUCCCUCAGCGCUGGUGAUCUCUCCUCUCACACCGACAUUAGCCUCUGAGUGGAGUGGAAUGCGCAUGCGCGGCCAGCAUUUCGUAAUGCUUUCCAAUGGACUUUCUGCAUGCUGAAUGUGAUUUUCAGAUUCAGCGUCGCAAAAGCGCCUCUUGCAGUUGUCAGGCAGACAGCCACUAGAGGCUGGAUUAACCCUGCAGUGUAAACAUAGCAGUUUCUCUGAAACUAUGUUUACAUCUGACGGGUUAAAACCUGGGGGACCUGGCACCCAGACCACUUCAUUAAGAUGAAAAGAAAAGGAGAUUUAAGGAUAUUUUUAAUGUUCAGGAGACUAUCGGAAAUCUGAAGAGUGAGGUAUGACAUUAUGUAAGAAUAAGGUAGCCCUGGGGUGCUAUAAGAAAAAUCUGGAGAUGGGAGCAUUAAAACAAUCCUAUAGUGCCAGGAAAACAAAGCAGUUUUCCUGGCACUAUAGAGUUAAUAUGUCCCCCCUCCCUCGCACCCUCCCCACUAUAUUUUAUAUUGAAGCACUAGUUGCAAAAGAGUCACAGCACCCAGACCACUUCAAUGAGCUGAAGUGGUCUGGGUGCCUACAGUGUCACUUUAACCUGGUCAUCUUUUUUUUCUUUUUUUUUUUUCAAUUCUUUCUUAAUAAAAAGUUCAGCAUUGUCUACAAUGGAUAUGAUCUGUUACAUCUGCAGCGUUAUGUCAUGUUUAAAAAACAAAUAAAUAAAUACCCUUAAAAUCCUACCCCUAUAGGAAUGUGUGCUCACUUACUAAUUCCUCUCCCUACAGUACUCAUCCCUUUUCUCAUCUCAUCCCAUUGAAUUUGUUCUCCUAGUGUUUUCUAAAACCUUUUUCUAUAAUGUCUUACUGUACAGCUACUGUACUUGUUCCUUAGUUUUUACAAAUAUUUAAAGGAACACUCCAUGCACUGCACAUCGUAGUGGUUAUAGUUCCAGGAGUGCCUUUGCAUCCCCUAUUUCAGUAGUGAAACCAUUUGCCAUUAGUUUCACUUCUUACCUUCGGUUUUCCAAGCACUGCUUCCUUCCUCAAUGAGACCCUGACGCUCUCAGUUCUGAACUAAAUCAGGCGGUACAGUGCUUAGCUGAUUGGCUGAGUUCAGCCAACGACAUUGUGUUUAGCUCAGGAGAGCUAACCAAAGCUUCAAUCAGCAGCUUUGUGUUCUCAAGGUAAGGUGCAGAGAGCUGACCCCAGCAGAACUCAAGUAAGAAUUAAAACCAUUAGCAAACCGUUUCCACCAAUUACAUUGGGGGAGGGAACAGGGCACUUCUUGCACUAUGACCAGACAACGUACUGUAGAGGUUCUUUUUUUUUAUUGGCAAAAUUAAAUCUCCAAAAUUUGAAUGCACAUUACAUUUGAGGGAGUAUUAGGUUUGAGUACAAAUGGCGCAUUAGACACAACGCAAAUUUGCGUGGGUGAAAUUCGUAUCACUAUGACAGGGAUACAAGGCUUUGUACCUCGCAUCUUUGUCGUAAUGCAGAUUUUGCCCCGGUCAGAGGGCAGUCCUCGCUUAUCAACUUAUAUGUUGUAUAGAAGUAUCUUCUUGUAUUGAAGUGCAGUACAUUCGCCUGUAAAACAUUUUUGCACCUUCCAGGUUUCAAAAUUUAAAAUGCACAUUCGAUUUGAUGGCGCAUUCAAUUCGAGUAAAUCCGGUAUGUUGACCAUAGCUGAAAUGAGUGAUUUGCUGAUGGAUGUAUUUAAUAUCCUAAAUACAAACUUGGCGUAUAACCCUCAGAAUAUAAUACCAUUUCUUAAUUUAGGCAUACUUAGAAACUUGAAGGCGAUGAUAAAACAUCAGUAUAUUUUGCAUAGGUUGGUUUGGCAGACACAACACACAAUUAAUUUUGGAGACCACUGUACCAGAACAGGUGAGCAAGGCUCAGCUAAUAAAACAUUACAGUGCAGAUUAAAUUACUAACUUGAUACUAGAAUAUUCUAGCGGUGACUAACUCAAAUGUUUGUUAUAGAAACUGCAAGUGUUUUACAUUAUUAUGUAACCAGUAAGGAAACUAUUUGAAUCCAAAUGUAAUUGUAUUAAUUGUGCCUGUCGAAAAUUGUUUUUGUCUGUCAAUUACUUAAAUAAUCCCACUGUGUAAAGCGCUACGGGAAAAAUGAAUAAUCAUAAUAGUUAUUUAAUAUUUAUAUUAUAAAAACCAAAGAAAAAAAGUUACUUGCACACUAUCCCAAAUCCCUAUGUACAUUUAAAUAACGAUGUUUUUAAGUAUCAUUCCAAUGGCCAUUCAUGUGUAGGUCCCACUGCCACAUCAAGACAAAACCUCUUAGAUGAGUCCUACACUAACAAUUCACCUUGCUGCCUGCGUCUAAAAGGUAAAAUCUCUAAUGAGGCUGAGAGGGGUAUUUUCCUAAUCCCCCACACACUUAUUAACCCUUAAUAGGGAAGACAUGGGACCGAAUUAAUUUAGAGUAAAUUUUACCCAAACAUUCUAUGAAAAAAAUUAAAUAUAUAUAAAUAUAUAUAUAUAAGCAAUAAAAUUUGUAUCUUGUAAUACCUUUUUUUUUAUUGGACUAACAUAUUUUUUAUGACAGGCUUUCGGGAGAACCUCCCUUUGUCAAGUCUACAGCAUUUCUGAGCAAGACAACACCUAGAAUUCAAAGAUAUGCUGUGAUAGAGAGGUUAAAGCGUCAUGAGCGCAGAUAAGACACAGGUGAUAGAAAAUAGACACCAUUCUUGCAGAGGGUUGUAAAUAUCUAGUGUGAAGAUCAGAGUGAGGGGGGAGAGAGAGAAAAAAAACAAGCAAACAGUGCAGAAGAUGGUGCUAGAAGGGUCGUGAAUAAAGUAAAAUAAUUCACUUAUAUUAAGAAUGCAUGAAUUUCCAUCCAAGAGUUGCAGGAUAUGCAUGAAGGCCUGUAUCCAGCAUACACUCAUGUACAUAUACACAAGUAGUGUAAUUGUACACGUAUACACACUAUACACAUGUACAUACAACAAUAUACAUAUAAAUACAACCAAUUGCUCAAAUAUAUAUACUUGCACACAUACACAUACAUCCACACACAAGCACCAAUAUAUGUACCUACACAUAUACCAAUGUGCCUACACAUGCAUAGACGCACAAAUCGCAGUAUACUGGAAACCCGUGUAAACACACUAGUGAGAAAAUAAGGAACCAGCUCAUCUACAACAAGAAAUGUAGCAUACAACAUACAAAAACAUAUCUACUCCAAAAUCUACGUGAGGAUAAUAUUUAUAUUGCUGAACAACUAGAACAUGAUCUGCACAAUUUUUUAGAAAAAGCAACAACAGGACCUUUUUAAGAAGAAAAAUAAUAAGUUCAGACUCCAGCAGGAUUAUCACAAACAUCUGACAGAGAAAGAGAAAUGGCAAGAAAAAUCUGGUAUUGUCUACUCUGACGAGGAAGAAUUUUUCAGAUGGAUGUGACUUAAGGAAUACUUCCAUGACAAAGAGAGCACUGAAACAACAAUGGAUUACAACAGGAAAAGGAACACUAAUUUCACUCCAGUACCAGGACGAAAUGCCAACCUGGACAGUUGCAUUGAAAGUUUCCAUCUAAAAACAGUAUCCUUGGCAACCAAGCAAAACCAAAAGAAAAUGUUUCAUAAACUCUUAGCUUGAAAAAUAAUCAUGCUAUCACCAUCAAGGGGGAGCAGUAGUGAUAAUGAACACACCGGACUACAUAAAAGAGGGGGACAGGUAAUUGUCAGAUGACAAAUACUAUAGAAAAUUAAAUGAAGACUCCACCAAGGAAUAUACAUUACAACUUGGGGAGCUCAUUAAACCCUUCCUUGAGAAUUUACAUCUAGAACUGCAAUCACUCAUACCAACUAGUCCCUACAUGGGCACUUUCUAUAUGCAUCCCAAAAUUCACAAAGCAGGUAAUCCUGGAAGACUCAUAAUAACAGGUAUGGGAACUCUCACAGAACAGAUCUCAGGACUGGUAGAAAAUACCCUAAAACCCAUAGUCACCAACACAAACCGUUUCAGAAGUCAAAACUGACUUCCUUAACAAACUCUGCCAACUCACCAAUUUCCCUGCUAACACCAUCGUUGUAAACUUGGAUGUGGAAGCUCUGUACAGCAACAUGCCACAUACAGAUGGCCUCAAUGCUUUCUUCUAUUUCCUCUCUUAUGCCGACAACCAAAAAUUCAGCCCUCGAAUUAUCACAGAACUGGCACUAUUCAUCCUCACACAUAAUUAUUAAGAUUUAACAAUGAGGUUUAACUGCAAACCAUGGGCACUAAGAUGGUACCCCAAUAUGCUAAUCUGUUUAUGGCAGAUCUCGAACAGCGAUUCCUAGAAAUAUAGCACUCCAAACCAUACAAAUAUCGCUAUAUCGAUGAUAUCUUCAUAAUUUGGACUGAAAGCGAGGAAAAACUGAUACGGUUCCAUGACUCUUUUAACACAUUCCAAUUAUCAAACAAAAAAUGGCAUAUUCCACUAGAUCUGUGAAUUUUCUGGACACCACUGUGACAUGUAACAACGGCAUAAUCCACAUCUCGAUUUAGAGAAAACCCACAGACAGGUGCAGUUACCUUCUCAUCUCCAGCAACCACCCCUCCCAUACUAAACAGGGCAUCAUCUACAGCCAAGCCACUAGGUACCAUUGCAUAUGCUAUGCUAAUGACCAUAAUUCCCAUCUAAAUGUACUCUCCCAAUCUAUGAGACAGGCAACAAACCAAAGACUAUUACCAAACAAAUAAACUCUGCUGGAAAAACUCCACGCACACGCCUGCUACAGUACAUAGAGAAAAAAAUAUUAACACGAGUGCCACUUGUGGUCACCUACAACCCAGCUCUUGAGGAAAUAAGAAAAAUCAUUAAAGACCUACAACCAAUGUUAACAGAAGAUCAGACUCUGAAAAACAUUUUCUCUGAAACACCCAUUUUGGCCUUCAGACAACCACCAAACCUACAACAAAAAUUAAUCAACAGGAAGCUACCCACUGAUGGGAAGAAUAAAGAAAACGGGACCAGUCAAUGCAUAAAAAAAACUUUGCUGCAAUCUGUGUCAGCACAUUAUUAUUAUUAUGUUAUUAUUUAUAUAGAGCCAACAAAUUCCGCAGCGCUUUACAGUGGGUGGACGAACAAACAUGUAGUUGUAACCAGACAAGUUGGACACACAGUAACAGAGGGGUUGAGGGCCCUGCUCAGUGAGCUUACAUGCUAGAGGGAGUGGGGUAAAGAGACACAAAAGGUAAGGAUAGUAUUAGACUAAUGACAGUUGCAAGAGAGGAAUCAGUCGGGAGCUAUUAACAGUUUAAUUGAUAGAUAAAUGAUUACAUAAGUAUACACGUAGAAUUUUGUAUAUUAAGUAGUGUGAUUUUAUUAAUUAAAAUUUGAUUGACAUGCCUGACAACCUAGGCAGAGAAUUUAAUUCGCAAGCACUAUAUUUAACACUGUAACUUUCCAAGACACCAUAAAACCUGUAUAUGGGGGGGGUACUGUUUUACUCGGGAGACUUCGCUGAACACAAAUAUUAGUGUUUAAAAAUGGUCAGUUGUAUUACAACGAUGAUAUUUUCAGCCAAAGUGCGUUUUUUUUAUUUCUCACAUACCAACUGUACUCUUACUGACAAUAUUAUUGUUAUAUUACGUUUGAAAAAAAGUUGUUGUUGUUUUUUCCUUCUUUUUAUUUAUUUAUUUAUUUACAUUUUUUUUUUUACUUUUGUCAUGCGGAUAUGUACAUCAGUGCCUGUAUUGCCACAAUAGCAGUAACAAGCGCAGUCAAAGUCAACAUAAUAAAACAUAGGUAUGGCACAGUGGCGUACACACAAACCAUGGGGCCCCGAUGCGAUAAUGAUCCGUGGGCCCCCCCCUAUCCCCCUCCGACAGACACACACACAUACAUAGAGACACACAUACAUACACACAGACACAUACAUACAAACAGACAGGCACACAGACAUAUGUGCAUACAGACAGACACAUACAGACCGACACACAGACAGGUACACAGACACAUACAUACAAACAGACAGGCACACAUACAUACAAACAGACAAGCACACAUACAGACAGACACGCACACAUACAGACACACAUGCACACACACACAAGACACACAUACAAAGACACAUACAUAAAAAAGACAGGUACACAUACACACAGGCAGACACAGACAGACACACACACACAAGACACACAUACAUACAAACAGACAAGCACACACACAUACAGGCAGACACACACACAGACAGACACCAAUACAUACAAACAGACAAGCACACACAUAUACCAUACACACAGGCAGACACACACAGACAGACAUACAUACAUACAAAUACACACACACACAUACACAAAAUGUUUGUCACCCUCCUGUUUCCUACCUUUAAGGUGCAGGAGGGUGACUUACCCUGGGGUCCAGUGGUGGCUGAGGUGGAUGGGAGUCAGAGUUUGCCGCGUGGGCCGGGGCCGCAGAAGAUGAUGGAGUGGCGGGCCCGGUCGCAGCUGCGACCCCUGCGACCUUGGUAUGUACGCCGCUGGUAUGGCAUGAGUAAACUUUUUGUUAUUUAGUAAUUCAAGAUGUAGCAUAACGUUAUAACGUUAGGAACAACAUUAAACAGUUUGCGAUCCAGAGCUAUACGUUUGGUGUGAGAGUGUGGUGUUCGCAUGACCAAAUGUUUGUUUAACCCCUUAAGGACACAUGACAUGUGUGACAUGUCAUGAUUCCCUUUUAGUAAGAAGUUUGGUCCUUAAGGGGUUAAGGAAACUAUCUCUCAGAGCAGAGAAGCGUGAGUGUGAGGUAUACAAUGCAUAGGUACUAUUGACAUUUACUUAAUGAACUGAGAUUGAUACCCCCCCUUCGAUCCCCUGGUCAGUCAAAUAUUAUCAAUAGAUUCACUGUAUCUAAAGCUAAACACUAAACGCAUGUAAGUGUACAAUUUGAGUGCUUAUAGGCAUGAAGCAAUGAGCACUGUGCCUGUUGUAUACACCUUGUUCCAAAUUAUUAUGCAAAUAAUAUUUUUCUCAUUUACCUAAAUAAUUGAUGUAAAUAACAGUCAGCAUAAUUCUCAUCUUAUCAACUAUUAAGAGUACAAUUCAAAUUUUAUUGAACAAACAUCCUAAUGAUAACAGUAUUUUUUUUUAAAUAUAAAAAACUUACAAUGCACUCUUCCAAAUUAUUACGCACAGUAAGUUUCUAAACACUUUAUAGGUUGUAAAGAACUGAAAAUUGUCAUUUGUUGUGUUUGCAGCAUAUGUACUGAAAUCAAAAGCUAUUUCAAUCAAACUUAUAACAACAUUUUAACUUUUUAAACAUUUUAACAUAGGACCCCUUAUUUGAUAGCAGCUUCACAAGUUUUACAUCCAUUGAACUUGUAAGUUUUUGGACAGUUUCUGCUUGAAUUUGUUUGCAAGAUGUCAGAAUAGCCCCCCAGAUCUGCUGUUUGGAUGUAAACUGCCUCCCACCCUCAUAGAUCUUUUGCUUGAGGAUGCUCCAAAGGUUCUCAAUAGGAUUAAGGUCAGGGGAGGAUGGAGGCUGCACCAUGACUUUCUCUCCUUUUAUCACCAUAGCAGCCAUUGAUGCAAAGGUAUUCUUUGCAGCAUGAGAUGGUGCAUUGUCAUGUAUGAAGAUGAUUUUAUUACGGAAAGCAUAGUUCUUCCUUCUGUACCAGGGAAGAAAGUGGUCAGUCAGAAACUCCACAUACUUUGUAGAGGUCAUCUUUACACCUUCAGGGACCAUAAAGGGGCCGACCAACUCUCUUCCCAUGAUUCCGGCCCAAAACAUGACUCCACCACCGCCUUGCUGACGUUGCAGCCUUGUUGGAACAGGGUGGCCAUUCACCAACCAUCCACUACUCCAUCCAUCUGGACCAUCCAGGGUUUCACAGCACUCAUCAGUGAACAGGACUGUUUGAAAAUUAGUCUUCAUGUAUUUUUCUGCCCAAUGCAGCCGUUUCUGCUUGUGGGCAUGUUAGUGGUGGCCGAAUAGAAGGCUUAUGCACAGUUCCAAGACUCUGGAGGACUCUACACCUUGAUGUCCGUGGGACUCCAGAGGCACCAGUAGCUUUAAAUAUCUGUUUGCUGCUAUGUAAUGGUAUUUUAGCAGCUGCUCUCUUGCAUGGAUCUGGCAGAAAUCUUCCUCAAUGUGCCUUUAUCUCACUAACCCAUCUGUGCGCUGAAUCAUCCACAAAUCUCUUAAUAGUGCGAUGAUCACACUUAAAGGACCACUCUAGGCACCCAGACCACUUCAGCUUAAUGUGCCCUCUAGGAUUAACCAUUUUUUUUAUAAACAUAGUUUCAGAGAAACUGCUAUGUUUAUAAAUGGGUUAAUCCAGCCUCUAAAGCCUCUAGUGGCUGUCUCAUUGACAGCCGCUAGAGGCGUUUGCGUGCUUCUCACUGUGAAAAUCACAGUGAGAAGAUGCCAGCGUCCAUAGGAAAGCAUUGUAAAUGAGACUGGCUGAAUGCGCGCGCAGCUCUUGCCGCGCAUGCGCAUUCAGCCGAAGAGGAGGAGGAGAGCUCCCCGCCCGGCGCUGGAAAAAAGGUAAGAUUUAACCCUUUCCUCGCCAUCGAGCCCGGAGGGAGGGGGUCCCCGAGGAUGGGGGCACCCUCAGGGCACUAUAGUGGUCCUUUAAGUUUUCUUGAAAUAUCUAAUGUUUUCAUACCUCGUCCAAGGCAUUGAACUAUUUCACUCUUUUCGGCAGCAGAUAGAUCCUUUUUCUUCCCCAUAUUGCAUGAAAAUGGUGCUCUCCUUAAUAAUGUGGAACGCCCUCCUUUACUAGUUUUUCCUUAAAUUGGGCUCACCUGGCAAUCUAAUUAUCACAAGUGUCUGAGAUUGUUUUCAGUUAUCAAAAGAGCCCUGAGACACAAUGCCAUCCAUGAGUUAAACUGAAAAACAAAAUAUUUCAUCUUUGUGACACUUAAAUAGAAUUUGCGUAAUAAUUUGGAACAGGGUGUAGUCCCAGUCCGGAUUCUCGGAACAUCCUUGCACGUGCCGAGUAUAUCCCCGCUUUGCUGAUUGGUGCUUUCAGCUUGGUAAUCCAAAAGUAAUGAUGUAUAUGGUCCCUGUGCCGUGAGGUUGUGAGCUUGAAGGGUUAUAUAGAGUCCACCUUGUAGUUCCCGGUGCUCGUGUGCCACAUGUCCCUGUCGCGGGUUGCCACGGCUCCAGGAUGGCUCCUCUGAUGCUGUCUCCUUAUCGGGUCUCUUGCCCUGCCGUUUCACCAGUUGUUCCGGGCUAGUUAUGCCCCACCGGGUCUUGUGCCCUGUCUCAGCUUGCAGGUGAGGUGGCCUUGGGUGAUGUCUCUUGGGCGCCUCCAAGGCUCUGGGCACCGACCCUGGUCCGCUUCUUCUCUCUGUGAAGCUCCGCCUCUACUCUCUGUGUGGCGUGUAGCCCCCAGACGGCUCCUUGCUGGGGCUGGUUGCUCACGUGUGUAUAAUUAGGGGGGGGGGGUGGUUAUUGCUUCCCUCUGCUUGUCUACCCUUUUUGGACUCUGUGGCAGGUCAUAGGACAGAGACUCUAAAUCCGGAGGUCGCAUGCGAGCCUCCAAUUUCUUCCAGGAGGAGGCAAAAAUUCUGUUCAACGGGAGCUCCGUUUCCAGCCUUGCACUACAUAAAUCUGUGGUGUGGGAGGCAUCCGCCAUUUUUGUAAAACUCGUUGGUGGUCGGCUGGGGAUUCCAUAUCACAGUCGUGCUCUCACUGUCUUGCAGGGGGUUCAUGUGGGCGUGGACCGGGAUAACCCGCACCGUUCCAUAGGGUGGAGGACGAGGGCUCUGGGUCAAGUGCCAGUCGUUCUUGGUGAUGAGAAAGCGUCCGUCCCUCCCGCGCCUGCCAUGCUGGUAGGCCUCAUCAGUGUGUCGGGUGCGUACCAGGUCAAGUGUCGCUUGUCGGGUAUCUUCCUGUGUGUCCUGGUUUCCCUUUCACUUGGUGGCCUUUGUUUGGCUUUUUAGGGCCGUUUCUGUAGCUUUAUUCUUCUUUUUCAGUUCUGAUUAGCAGGAGCUGUUGAGGCUUGCUUCAUCUCAGUCCCGCAGUCAGGCCCCGCCCCCUCGUAAUACAUCUUACUGUUUUGAAACACUAAUGUUUGUGUUCAGUGAAGUCUCCCAAGUAUAACAGUACCCCCCAUGUACAGGUCUUAUGGUGUUUUGGAACGUUAGAGAGUCAAAUAUAAGGCUUGCAUUUCAUUUUUUUCCACAUUGAAAUUUGCCAGUUUGGUAAUGUUGCCUUUGAGACCGUAUGGACAGUAGCCCAGUGUGACAGAACCAUCUGUCUGCUGGAUUUUGCCCGUUCGUCUGUUUGUCCCCGUUCGUAUGAAUGGCUGGUUUCUAUAGCCCAGCCAUUCGAAUGACUCUUUUUUCCCGAACAAAUCUGCCGAACGAACGGCCACCCAAGUGAGGAGUGUGCUGCAGGUUAAUGAAGUGAUCACCAUUAGAACGUUGUGGUUAACCGCAGACACUUCUCAAUUAAACCGAACUCAGGGUGGUCGUCGUUCGUAUGUCGACCACGAGGCAGCGGCCAUUUUAAAUCAUGCGAACGCUCAGCGGUGUUUGGCUCUAUUUCUAUGGAACGGAAAACGGACACUUUUUCUGUCGAACACCGCUGAAACAAGGGAACGCCUGGCUGCCUCCACGAAAGCAUGCGAACACCGGCUGUUCGGGAGAUUGAGAGCAUACGAAAGACUUAACCCAGAUAGCCCUCCCAUGGAGUCAUUCGUAUACCGAAAGACUGUAAGAACUUUGACUCCAUGGCGAUUGAACUAUGUGUGUGGGAUCUGAGCGCUAUUCGCCAAUAAUAUGCACUCAGAUCCAGGCUAUCUGGGGACAUGUAAUACGAAUGGGAAAUGUUCAGUUUUCAUGUAGUUAUGCAUUUUUAUGUCUUUUAUUAUUUUCUGUUUAAAAUGGCGACUGUCCUUGUCCUGGAGUUAAUUGAGUUACUUGGUAAUUAACUCCAGGACAGAGGGGAGGGAAUCAGAAUGCACUGUGGGUAAGAUAUGUGACUGUGUGUCAGAAAUGUCCUUCUAUCUGUCUGUACUUUAAGUCUUCCAUUUGGUCCCCUAGGGGAGUGUCCACCAGGUGGGAGACCUGCAUAAAUACGGGCAGGUAGCCCACAGUAAAACCAGAUCUUAUUUGACCCUCAAUGCGGAGCUUCUGUCUCGUUAUUGGGGGGAUUUCUUCUUCACGGUUAGAGACUGCUGGAUGGAACGAAAGCCGCUUUGGGGAUAUUAUUGUUCGACGGUUCCUAGCAGUUCGUAUAUUGCCGUUCGGGAGUUUGGAGCCGUUCGUGGAUUUCGAUCGGGAGAUUGCCGCUUCCCCUGCAUUUGGUUCGUGGGUUACAGAGUAAGCGAACAGAGACUGUACUGCAGCCGGGGAAGGUUUACUAAACGGCGGUUUGGCUUAAAGACACGGGAGGUGUCUUAACACCCAGGAAUGAGAAUUACCCCCAUGAUGGCAUACCAUUUGCAAAAGUAGACAACCCAAGGUAUUGCAAUUGGGGUAUGUCCAGACUUUUUUAGUAGCCACUUAUUCACAAACAGAUAUUUUUUUGUUGUUGCUUUUUUCACACAAAAACAAAUAUAAACUCUAACUUUGGCCAGUGUUUGUGACUAAGUGGCUAAGUGACUAAGUGGCUACUAAAAAAGACUGGACAUACCCCACUUGCAAUACCUUAGGUUGUCUACUUUUGCAAAUGGUAUAUAUAUAUAUAUAUAUAUAUAUAUAUAUAUAUAUAUAUAUAAUGUAUGUAUAUAUAUAUGUAUGUAUGUAUGUAUAUAUAUAUGUGUAUGUAUGUAUAUGUAUGUAUACAUAUAGUGCAAAUUUAAGGUUUUGUUUUGAUUAGAAUUUCUACAAUUGUUUCAGGUUAAAAAUGAAAAAGAUGUAUUUUGCUGUUGUUCUUUUUUUAUUAUUUUUUUCUUUUUUUUUAACAAUGAAUAAGUAAAAGAACAGUCUUAUUUGCUUUUGGUCAUUCAGAAAGGAUAAUAAAAAUAUGAUUUUAAUACAUCUUUAAGAUGUAAAGUUGUUAUUGUAUAAGUAAGGAAAUAUUUAGUCUCUUAACUUUUAACAUCAAGCAAGACACUAUAGGUAUACAUAAAGAGAAAAAAAUUCUUGGUGUGUAUGUGUGUGGGGGGUUAUCCAAUCCACCCCCAAUUCUGAGUCCUCACCUAGUUCUUGCCUUUAGCAAGAGUCUCACAUCUGUUUGACUGUAGUUGCUCUGACAACAGCAUGCAAGUUAAUUGGACGUAUGCCAAGAUGGGUAGCCUAUUAUGGGAACAUGAAACCAGAAGGUGCUAUUUGCUUUUGCCCUGUUGAUUUUGAUGGUAACCUGUUAGUUUCCAGGAGGAAUAUUUACUAAUCUGAGUAAAUAAGCUUUUAGAAAAAAAACUUAAACUAGGUGUAUGUUUGUUUUUUUCCUCUUCUUUUUUUUCUUCUCUUUUUUCUCAGUAACUUAUUUUGAAUGGCAGGUGCUCACAUCAUGCAGGGAUAAGCAGUGAGCCCCAUAUAACUGCCACCUAUUAUGUUCCACCGCUUUGCCAUUAUUGGAAUAUUUUGUAUAGAUAAAAUUAAAUAAAAUUCCACAUUAAACUAUUAUAUAUAAACACCUGAUUUAUGUUAAACCUAAAACAAUUUCUUAAUAAGUAGAAGAAAUUAAGGUGUUUAGUAUCCCUUUACACUUUCCUUAAUUUAAAGAGGAAUGUUCACAGCUUCUUAUUUCCUUACCUAUAUAGUACUCAUGGGGGCAGGUGCUGCUGUUAUUUCCCAGUGUGAAUGCGCAUGUAUGCUCUGACUUACUUUCCAUACUGUGUCCCUCUUAUGCUUGGUGCAUGAUACCAUGUGGUAGUUGUAUGCUCUUACUGCCACACCACCUGCCAUGUGGUGCAAAUCUAAUAUGGUGUGUGUGUAUUCUUUUUAUUUUUAACCAACAAAGCAUUGGUUAUUGAAAUACAAAACGCACAAUGCAGCAGCUCACAACAUCCAUAUAUUAACCUCUCAAAAAUACACAAAAAUUCAGUUAAGAAUAUUAGUGAUGAUAAAGUGGGCACUGCAAAAUAUGGACUUGUUUGACAUUACAGUUGCUCUCAAUCUUUCACACACAAUCAAAUUAUAAUGCUAUCAGCUGCUGCAGUUAUACCAUUAAGCAGGGCGGCCAUCAGGGGGUGGCAAACAUGACGGUUGUCACGGGCCUGGGGGCACGGGCCCCCAUGUGUAGCAGCAGGGCCCACACGCUGCGUUCGUGUAAUAGCGCGACCGGGCCCCUUUAAAAAAUGGCAGCUGCAAGUUGUGCUGGGAGGUAAUGACUGCAGGGAGGUAAUGACAGCAGGAGGAAGCAGACUGGAGGCAGUGAGGAGAGGCUGCCCACUCCCAUCAUCCCCAGCCACCCUCCUGCAGCGAAAAGCUAAGGAACAGGAGGGUGACUGAAAAAUUAGCUAUUUAUGUAUGUAGGUGUCUGUAUGUCGGUGUCUGUAUGCCAGUAUGUAUGUGUGUCAGUAUAUGUAUGUAUGUAUGUGUGUCUGUAUGUAUAUAUGUGUGUCUGUAUGUAUCUGUGUGUUUGUAUAUGUGUGCGUGUCUGUUUCAGUAUGUGUCUGUUAGUGUGUGGGUGUCUGUGUUUGUCUCUGUGUGUGUAUUCCUGUGGGUGGGAUUGGAGGCGGGCCCAGGGGGCAGGCUUGGAGACGGGCACCCGGAGACCCAGACCUUGAGCUGUGUUAGGCGCCCCAAAAUUUCUGAUGGUGGCCCUGCCAUUCACUCUAUCUACCAUCACAUACAAAUUCCUCUGCUACGUUUUGUCUCCACUCCCCAGUUUAACCUUUUGAUUGUAAGCUCAUGGGCAGCACCCUUUACCCGCUGUAUCGGUCUUGUAUUGUAUUGUCUUUUCCAAUUGUGCAGCGUUGCAGAAUAUGUUGGCACUUUAUAAAUACCAGUAUUAAAUAAUUAUAUAAACAGUAAGCUAAGGAGCACUGUAAUGUGGUAGCUCUUUAACUUGGGCCGCUCACAAAAAUAAGCAGUACACACUGUGCUGAUCAAGUCAAUCUCCACCAUUUUAAAGUAAAAAGAUGGUGCACAGGGCUGGUACUACUUCUAGAGCUGAUGAGUUGUAGUAUGCGUUAGGGCGUGCACUCACAUAUUUAAGAGGCAUCUAACAAGAAAUGUCAAAAACUAUAAAAUACAGUAUAGUACUAUGUGCAUAUUUCUCUGCCCAUAUAUGUAUGCUUGUGAGAACUUGUUUUCUGGUUAUCCAUCCAUACUCUACUCCAGGGAUAAAUUGGGUGCUACCUUGUUAAAACAGAAGAACUACAUACCUAUAGGUAAGUCCAAUUUAGUCUCUGGUACAUGGAUCUCAUCAAUAGUGAUAUACACACUUUUGCAUUUCUAACCUACUGUACUAAUUUGUGUUUUAUUGUUGCAUGUGAAAACUUUACAAUACAAUUUGCAUACAUUGUCUAUAUUGCUGAUCAUGCUAUAAUAACAUUUAAAAAAAUAUAUAAAUUAAUUCUAACACAUUGUGUGGCAUUUUUUUUUUUUUAAUGUUUGAAAUAGGAGUCCUAAUAUUUAGUACACUACUGCUUGCCUUAACAGAAACUUUUGAAACCACCUGUUAUUCUAGAGCAGAGUAGACAAUAUUGCAUAAAGUAUUGGCUAUCUAAAAAGCACAACAUUUCAUUUGUUUUAACCCAAGAUAGGAUAGUCUAAUCUCGAUUUCCUAACAUUGCUGGGAGGCCAUUCCAGGCAUCUUAGCAACUUUUUUUUUUUACCCCACAGAAAUGUCAAAUUCUUGUUAGGCCUAAUGAAAUGUAUCCGUGAAAUUUGAAAAUUUGCAUUCUGUUGGCAUUCUUGCUGUGAGUGAUGUAAUUCUAAGUGUUUGUUUAUCGUAAAAAUAUGUUCUCUAUGCAGUAAAUAUUUUCUCUGAGGCAGAAUUCAUUCAUCACAUUUUGGCCUUCUACAGAUUUGUUGUCUCCGUAACGAUUUUUACAUGUUCUUAGAAGCCUAUUUGAAGUCCACCAUUUUACACAUGUAUGUUUAAUGUUACAUGUGAAAUCUCAUAACACAGACUGACAGUGCUGUUGAAAAGUGCAGCUGGUGUAGGAAAUAAGGAGCACAUCAGUGUUUGUGCAAAUAUUUUAGCUGUAUGGGUAGCCCUGAUUGAUAAGUAAUGUGAAUAAAAAUCAAUGAUAUAGUUUAUUUAAUUUUUUUUUAAUUGAAUCUCUUUUAAUAAAACAGUUUAUUUUAUUUUUAGGAAAGAUCUGUCUAAAGAUCGUUUACUAUUUAAGAUACGUUAAAGUCCAAAGUUAUUCAUCAUGAAAUAUGAGCAGGGGUAGGCAACCUUCGGCACUCCAGAUGAUGUGGACUACAUGCUAUUACAGGCAUAAUGGUGGUAAAGCAUCUCUGAGAGAUGUAACUAGAUGCAUUAGAUUGCUAGGAUAUGGGGUACAUUGGCGUUGUGGCAGGUUUAUGAAAUGUAUGAUUAUAUACAGUAACUAAGACGCCAUUAUUUUUGUUAGGUGUUUAAAAUGAAAAAAAAAAACAAUUUGAAAUUGAUGUUUAGUGAAUGAUCGAGAACGCUGGAUCUUGUAUGAAUUGUGUGUGUGUGUGUGUAUGUAUAUAUGUGUGUGUAUGUAUGUAUGUGUGUGUAUAAAUAAAUCUAUAUAUAUAAAUCUAGAUAGAGCAUAGUAUUGAAUGAAGGUUAACUGUGCAGGAAUGCGUGAAUUAUGCAAUGCAUGAUAGAGCAAUAUUGAAAGGCCUACUCUUGGUAAAGAGGCUUAAAAACAUUCAACAGAUACAGCUACCAGAACUUGAUAGGCAACAUCUUUUAUAUUAUGUGGGGGUGGGGUUUGUUCACUUUAACAAGGCACUCAUUUUAAUUAUAAUUAGUGGAAUAAAAAAUUGUGCAUUUUUUGGCAGUAACUGUUGUGUAGUAGGCGAAAAUGUUAUAUAAUUCUUUUGAGGUUUAUUUUGAGAAUGCCUGGUAAUUGUUUUUCUGUGACUGAUAAAGAAUUUUUUCAGGCAUGAGUUUAUUGUCUAGAUCUUUUGAGGUCUGUCUCUUUAUAACCUCUGACCUCCAUUUUUUUUAUAAAGUCAACAUCCGAGGGCAGGAGAUUAAGGCAGUUUAAAUACUAGAGUGGCAAGUGAAAUGGAAAAAUACGCUUGCAUAUUUAUGGUGUAACAUCAAAGUAAAAAAAAAUGUGAUUGUUGUGAUCCUUAUGUAAGAACUUAAACAAGUUAUUAUAUUGUGUUUUAGUUUCAGAGUAAAUAACUCUUGUAAAGUAAAUCAAAUAUAAUCCUAGGUGUGUAUUCAUAUUAUGUCAUGUUAUGCAAGAACAUCUCAGUGUACAUUGGUGACUAGCAGGAUAAAAAUUGUGAUCAGUGCAUACAGAAGCAGCUAUCAAGUUUGAACUUGUAAUUAAAUAGCACUUAUUCAUUUUAUACAAAUACUGUUGUAGCAGACAUGUUCCAGGUCCAUAGAUCUCAUGUUGUACAAAGCAUUAAUGAUGGUGUGGAAUUUGCUUUGGUAACAUCAUUGUUUGGGUGCACAGUCAAUAUCAUAUACAUGGGUAUCAUAUGAUCUUUAGAUUUAUUAAUUGUAACUGUUGUGUCCUUAAAGCAGCCAAUCAGAAUUUAAAACAAGGGUUGGCAACCUAUGGCACAUGAGGCUGCCUGACCCAAAUGGAGUAGAUGGGGAGGUCUUGUAUCUCUGCAGCCAACUCAGAGCACCCCAGGGUUAGGGAGCCUGUGGGCUGCAUCUCCAGCAUGUACAGACACCACAGGGGACUCAUCUUUGCAAUCCAGUUUUUCUCAGUGAUUUAAGAUAUUGCCGUUGGUUACUAUAGCAACGCUUUGACUCACUGGUAAAGCGCCAGAUCGAUGUGAGAGGCAGAUGGUGUCUGCACCCGUAAAAGGUGCAGACCACAAGUUCCCCCAGGAUUAUCAGGGAUUUAUGCCCCCCUCGCUGAAUAAAGGUAGACAAGAAGAAAGGGGCAAAAAUAUUGGGCUCGUCUUUCCUCCAAGCUAUACAUGUUAAGUUCCUAUAACCUUUCCUUGUAAGUUUUAUCCUGCAAUACAUGAACCAGCUUAGUAGCCCUUCUGGAGAUACGGUCUCCAGAACUGCAUACAAUACUCCAAGUGAGGUCUUACCAGUGUUCUGUACAAUGGCAUGAGCACUUCCCUCUUUCUACUGCUAAUACCUCUCCCUAUCCAACCAAACAUUCUGCUAGACUUUCCUGCUGCUCCAUUACAUUUUCUGCCUACCUUUAAGUCAUCAGAAAAAAAUCACCCCUAAAUCCCUUUCCUCAGAUGUUGAGGUUACGACUCCAUCAAAGAUUCUGUACUCUGCCCUUGGAUUUUUAUGUCCAAGAUGCAUUAUCUUGCACUUAGCCGCAUUAAAUGUGAGUUGCCACAACUCUGACCAUUUUUCUAGUUUAUCUAAAUUAUUUGCAAUUUGGCUUAUCCCUCCUGGAACAUCAACCCUGUUACAUAUCUUAGUAUCAUCAGCAAAAAGACAUACCUUACCAUCAAGACCUUCUGCAAUAUCACUAAUACAUUUUUUAAGUACAGCUCCCUGAGGUACCCCACUGGUGACAAGCCCAUGCUUCGAAUAUACUCCAUUGACUACAACCCUCUGUUGCCUGUCAGUCAGCCACUGCCAUACCCAUUCAACAAUAUCGGAAUCCAAACUUAAAGAUUUAAGUUUAUUGAUCAGCCUUCUAUGAGCAACAUUGUCUACUGCACCACUUUGAUCUAUUAUUUUAGUUACCCAAUGAGAAAAAACAAUUAGAUUAGUUUGGCAUAAUCUCCCUGAAGUAAACCCAUGUUGUCUCUGAUCUUGAAAUCCAUGAGAUUUUAGAUGUUCAACAAUCCUAUCCUUUAACAUGGUUUCCAUUACUUUUCCCACUACUGAAGUAAGGCUUACUGGCCUAUAGUUGCCCGUCUCCUCCCUACUACCUUUCUUGUGAAUGGGUACAACAUUUGCUAACUUCCAAUCUUCUGGGACUACUCCUGUUAACAAUGAUUGGUUAAAUAAAUCUGUUAAUGGUUUUGCUAGUACACCACUAAGCUCUUUUAAUAACUUGGGUGUAUUCCAUCAGGUCCCAUUGGCUUGUUUGUCUUUACUUUUCACAGUUGAUGUAGAACCUCUUCCUCUGUAAACUCACAUGUAACAAAUGGCUAAUUUUUCCUAACUGAGGCCCCAUUCCUUCAUUUUCAUCUGUAAAUACUGAACAAAUAUAUUAAUUGAGGCAGUCAGAUACACCUUUAUCCUCUUCUACAUACCUUCCUUCUUUUGGUUUUUAAUCUAACUAAUCCUUGUUUUACUUUUCUUUUCUCAUUUAUGUAUCUAAAAAUGUUUUGUCCCUGUUUUUUACUGACUACUAUUUUCUCUUCUGUGUGUGAUAUGUAAGCUUUUAUAAUUUACUUAGUCUCUUUCUGUCUAAUCUUAUAGAUCAUUCUGUCUUCCUCACUCUGGUUUUUUAUAUAAUUACUAAAUGCUAACUUUUUUUUUUACUAUUUUGGCCACAUCUGCAGAGUAACACAGUGGUUUCUUGAAUUUUUUGCUUUUACUGACAAGCCUAACUCAAUUUUCUGUUGCCUUCAACAGUGAAACUUUUAAAUAAUCCCAUUUCUAUUGGACUCCAUUUAAAUUGCUCCAGUCUGAUAAUGACUCCUUUACACAUAUUCUAAUUUUAGAAAUGUCAGUUUUUCUAAAGUCUAAAACUUUUGUUUUUGUGUAGUGUGUCUCAGUCACUGUUCUUUUAAUAAACCACACUGACUGAUGAUCACUGGAUCCUAAACUUUAAUCUACGGUAAUAUCGGAUACCAAAUCUCCAUUUGUUAACACUAAAUCUAGUAUGGCCUCUUUACAACUUGGCUCCUCAAAUCUAGUAUGGCCUCUUUACAACUUGGCUCCUCAACGACUUGUUUUAGAGACAAUCCCAGUAGGGAGUUUAGAAUAUGUGUGCUCCUGGCACAAGCAGCUAUUUUGGUUUUCCAGUUCACAUCAGGAAGAUUAAAGUCACCCAUGAUGAUAACUUCACCUUUCAUUGUCAUUUUAGCUAUUUCCUCAACUAGUAGAUUAUCUAACUCUUCAAUUUGGCCUGGGGGCCUAUAAAUCACACUUACAGGAGUUACUGUGUGAUUGCCAAAUUCUAACAUAACCCAAACGGACUCUAUCUUCGCCUCACUAACUUUUAUUAGGCUAGAUUUUAUGCCAUCCUUUACAUACAGGGCCAUCCCUCCCCCUCCCUGUCUUUUCAAUAUGAAAUAUCGUUUUAAUGAUCCACCUUCAGAUUAAUAUUUUUCAUCAACCUACAUUCUUAAAAUAGCAUAGUACAAUAUUUGUAGAAGCUAGGUUACAUAAAACAUAACUCACCAUUUCUGUAGGGGGCAUGUUGAUCAUGAACAUGCCCUAAAUGUCACGUGUCUUUGGAGCAUGAGUCCCAGGCUAAAUUGUACCUUUAAAAUUGCAGCAUAACUACACACAGACAUCUGUUUUUUUGUUGUUGUUAAUGCAAGGUUUGUUACUUGCUUGCUACUGAGGCUUGGCUUUACUUGUGGAGCACAAACGAACAGAGUUAUGGUGGGGGGAAAAAAGUUAUUGACCUGAAAUCAUUGGAUAGUAAAUGCAUUGAUAAACAGAUAUAUAUUCCAGGUUUAUUUUCCUGUAGGUUUUCAUCCAUAGUGUUUCAAUGUUGUCUUACACCCCAGUAGUAUACCUAAUCUGUAAAGAAAGUGAUAAAAGCUAUUUUCAUGUGGAUAUUUUAAUGACCUUUUGUUUCAACAUGUACAUUGGGCAGUAGGGAAAAUUCAGGAUGCCAAAUAUAGGAACAUAAAAGGAACAAAAAGCAUAUAUAGUGUGAUAUUGUCAAAUACAAAUGUUUAAAAUAUUGGGUGAGAUAGUAAAUAAACUCACAAGCAAAGAGCAAAUACGUCUGCUCUAACUGUAAUAGCCCAAGUAUAUAGACUUCCACUUCUAUAUAUGCCUUUUGUUCCUUUUAUGUUCCUAUAUUUGGAGCUUUGGCGUAUCUGAAUAUUCUUUAUGCACAAUAUCACUUUAAGUGGUUUUUGCAGUUUGCACUAGUGGAUAUUUGUACACACAACAGUUGAUUAUUUAUGCAAAUUGUAUCACAUGUUAGUGAGGAAGUCUAUUGCACUUUAUGUUGUUAUAUGACAUUGCACUGUAUAUUUGCACUUUAUGUUGUUAAAUGAUUUUGCGCUUUAAAUUUUAGCGCACCUAUUUCUCUUUUAGUAACUAUUGGAGUGUUUUUUGGGCUAAUACACUGUAUAGGUACUGCUCCAUUUCAAAGAAUUUUUAAUCUGUUUUUAUAACUGAUAUUCUUAAUUGGAAGCGCCAAUUUUUUCACUUGUUUUAUUGUAUUUCUAUUUUGAGUUGGAAUUCUAUCCUGUUAAAGUUAAAUAUUACAAUUUGGUUUUAAAUACACUACAAUUCUGUGUUCAAUGAAUGAGCCCCUUGUAAAAUUGCAGAUGAAGCAAAACAAUAGACCCGAAAUGUAGGUCUGUCCUUUUAAGAGUGUAUAGGGCCGUGAAUUAAGUAAGGGAAUGCGGGGAAUGAACCUUCCAUUGCCAUGGAAACAGGAAGUUGGCCACCAAUUAGUAUAUUGUCAAUCAAACUAGCCUGCACUGCAGGGCAGGGAGAGAAAAGUAUGUAGUUUCUUCCUGUGAUGAAUCACCUCCCCCCAGCUCUCUCCGAUUGGACAGAUUCGGAGUGGUACAUUACGGCUAUAGGAUCAACUGGCACAACGGUCCAUUGCAAGCAGCAAGGGGGUUCUUGCAUAGGUCAAGACUGAGGGACCUGACUGGAUUUGUGACUUUCUCCGUCUCUCCAUGCAGGGGAGAGCAGUGGAGCAGGAAGCCAAUUGUAGGAUCGGUAACAAGCCAAUGAAAGACUCUUAGAGACAAGAGACAUGGACAGCCAGGUAUUGAAAAAGAAAGGCAGGUACUUUAGCAGAAUUACGGCCACUGGUUCUCAGGGAAUCCAAGAGCAGGUUUGAGCGAGGCUCAGGGCCAGAGAGCAGGACCCAGGAGACAAGGGGACUAGGAAGAUGGCACAGACAAGGGAACAUGGACCUAGAGAGGUUUGCGAUGGGGUAUUGGCAGAGAGGACUAUGGGAGAGGAAUUUAGAGGUUGAAGGUUGUAAGUUUUGGCAGAUUAGAUCCGUUUUCGGCCGAAAUGAGAUAAGCCAGUUUUGGGCCGAAAUGGGAUAGGCCCGUUUUCGACUGAAAUGGGAUAGGCCCGUUUUCGGCCGAAAUGGGAUAGGCCAUUGUUUGUGUUUAGGAAGGCUGAGCACAUCACAUGCAGGGAGGUGUGAUUAGGGCUUCAUAAACAAAGUAAUUUAACUUCUAAAUGGCAGAGAAUUGAGCAGUGAGACUGCAGGGCCAUGAUCUAUGCACCAAAACCACUCAAAUAAAUUAGAGUUGUUUUGGUGCUUAUAGUGUCCAUUUAACUGUAUUACUGACAUGUCAUAGUUUUCUACAGUAUAUUUAGAUAGAAAGAUUAACCAUGUUAAUGUGUAACCAAAUAAAGGAAGGCUUUCAAUCUGUCAAGUUCAGGAAACUAUUAGACAGAUUGGUUCAGGACCGUAUUUGCUAUGACUAAUUAAUUUUUCAGUUCCUAUUAUCAUAUUUACAACUGUAGUUCAUGCAGCUCCACAAAUACAUCAUGGUAAUUAGACUUUAUAGAACCUACACUGUUUCUUACAUGUUGUUAAUUAAGCUGUGCUAUUCUGAGAAUUAUUUACCACUUAUUAUUAAAAUUUUACUUAUUUAUUUAUUACAACAAGCAUGUCUCUUAUCUGCUUUUUUAAAUUUAUUUAUUUGUUAAAUUUUUCCUACAACACCCCAUCACCCGUUAUUUCAAACCAAAUAUAAAUAUAAUCAAGAUAAACACCAAAUAUAAUAAUGAUUUACUAAAGUGGGAAUUCAAAGUGAAUGUUAAAUUUAAGGCUUGGCUAAACUAAAUACAUAACGGAGUUAAAGAAGUUUUCCUAUUCAGCUAUUUUGACCUUAAAUUUAAAAUUGACUCUAAAUUGAACUUUAGUUAAUCACUCUGAUUUGCUAAAUUUGGUCAGGAAAGAUUAUGAACAAAGAAAAUAUAUCACAUACGUAUAUGCCAAAAUGUAUUGUUCAUAGAUCAACAUUGAAAUAGAAUUAUCACUAUUGACAUUUUUUUAAACAGCAGAAAUAUUUAUCAGUAUUAUUUAUAUAACCAAAUAAAAAACUUGUACAUAAAUUCAAGGUCUACUAAUGACUCUAGUUAUGGUUGUAUGAAAAUAUUGCAAAAUGUGUAUGCACAUCUAAAUUAACAGUUUUUAUUGUGGGUGUAUUUUCUUGUUUUGUUUUUUUUCUCCUUCUUGUUUUUGCAAACUGAAGGGAGAGAGGUACAGAAAGCAAAAAGGGAAGGGUGUGGAUAAAGAAAACAAAAGUAAAACUGCAAAAGUGUGAGGCAUAUGUCUAAAAUUAUAUUACAACAGUAAAUUUAAUGAAAGAAAAUAAGAGAUGUUAGUUUUUCUUUCUUUUUUUUUUUCAAUAUAUAUUUUUAAGUAUUUAUAUUUAAAGUCUGAAAUUACCCCAUAUUGUAGUAAUUGGGAAAAAAAAUAAAAAAAUAAAUUAUUGGUCUCUCUGCUGGUCUCUGUUAUUGAACAUGUAUUUGUUUAUUUGUAUUAAUAGUGUGAUAAAUAUUUAGAAACAAAAGCUUGCUGGCCAAGAGCAAUGGGUAACUUAGCAUUUACUAAAAUUUAUCUAAAUUCCUUCUGCCCUUCCCCCUCCUUUUCUUCAAUUUGAGAUUUCACCAUGCAUGACCCCACACAGCUAUCUAGACUCCAUUUAAACUUGUUGCUUUUUUUCCUUCUUCACACUGUUGUCUCUGUCCUUGGGUUCCCUUUCACUUUGUUCCCUAAAUUCCCAACUAGAGUGCAUUUGAGUGGUGGUAUAGUAUCAAAAUGUUUCUAUCUCUCCAUCUUUUUAUAUAAAUUCAAACCAAAUUUCCAGCCUCCUCUGGGGAACAUAUUCUCUUUCAGGCUAAAAUUCUUUAGCAAACAAUGUACUAAAUAUCAGCCAAAAUUCCCCAGGAUUUAAAUAUUAAUCUUGUACAUACCCCCCCCCCCAAUUUUUCAAACUGAUUUAUGAAAAACAACAUACUUUAAAAAAAUAUAUAUAUAUAUUUGUUGUUGGAUGUCAACAGAAACAAAUUCUAUAGCCAUGGGAGUUAAAGGACCACUAUAGUGCCAGGAAAACAUACUCGUUUUCCUGGCACUAUAGUGCCCUGAGGCAAGUAAAUUUGCUUAUGAGGUGUGUGCCUGUGUGUGUGGUACACUGCGGCCGUUUUAUUUGUUACACCUUUUUGUUUACUCAAACUAUAAAUAGUAUGGCUGCAACUGUGUAUAUGAAUCAACAGCUUUAGUAAUAAUUUGAUCAUACAUUAAAUAAAUGUAAAAACUAUCGUCAUGGCCUUAUUGUGAUCAAAUGUAUUAAUAUAUAUAUAUAUAUAUUUGGGUCUUGCAUAUCAGAAUCGGUUUGCAUCUGAGAAUUUUCUGCAAUGCCGUUUCUUAACUUUUACAGACAGUGGUACAAUAAAACAUCCAAUAAAUUGCAAAAACACCCUGUGAAGGAGGCAGUUCAGAGGAGAAUUAUUUGGUUUAUCCAAAUACUAAACAAAAUAGUGUUUACGAUUUUACUACAGGGUAAAUACACAAUGUGUUAAACAUUGACGUGAAUGGGUUAUAUCAGAAGAAGAAUAUGCUGAGUUAUAAUAGUUUGUAGCUAAAAAUGGGAAAAUAUACAUACUGCAUGCGAUCAUCAAAAUUAGAUCAUUAGAAUAUUGCAAAAAUGCCACCCAAAUAUUUUUUAUUAAUGUUCAUAUUUGCAGAUUGGUCAGAAUGUAGGGGUUCCAACAUUAGUUUAUAUAUAUAUAAAUUCACGAUUUGUAUAGCGCUUUUCUCCCUGUGAGACUCAAAGAACUUUACAAAUAAACAAACAUAAAGACAUAAAAGUUAGAAGUUUCUGAAGGUGAGAUGAGUGGACUGAAUGCCUGAAGGAAUAGGUGGGUCUUUUGCUUUAUUUAAAAAGACUGUAAGGAUGGUGCCUCUCUGAUUGCGCACGUUAAAUAGUUCCAAUAGGUAGCAUAACUGAAUGCCCUGGAACCUGAGUCUCUCUUUAUUCUUGGCACUGACAGGAGGGAUUUGCUGGCUGACCGAAGUGAACGGGAUGGACUGUAGGGUGUCAGGAGCUCUUUCAGAUACUGUGGGCCUUGAUUGUUUAAGGCUUUGAAGGUCAGCAGGCCAAUUUUAAAAUAUGUUCCCCAUUUAAUUUCUGACCAUAGAACUGGAUUUACAGUUACUGGUGACACUUCUAGUCCAGACUGGAACACCAGAUCAAGUGUAUGACCUUUUCUGUGGGUGGAAGUGGCGACUAUUUGUUUGAAGCAGAGUGCACUCAUCAUGCCGAGGAGAUACUGCCCAAGCAGGGAUAGGGUGUCAUCAAUCCAGGUGUUGAAGUCUCCCAUCAUAAGCUAUCUGGGGUGUUCAAGGAUUAAGCCAGCCAAAGGUCUGUUGGUUCCUGAAAAAAUCUCUUCCUAUCUCCUGGGAGGCUGUAUAUUAAUAGUAUCCAGAAUCCUCUAACUAUUGAGAGGCUGACAGCUAUGCAUUCAAAAGAUUAGGGUUUGUGGACUUAUAUUGGUCUGGGAUUUAAGGAUGACUUUGCACAGAUCAUAACUCCACCUCCCUUGCGAUCUUGUCUAGGGUGGUGGAACACCGUGUAAUUGCCUGGCAUAGCUGCUUCUAGAAUAGACACCGCAUUUUCAUCUAGCCAUGAUUCUGUAAUGCACGCUAACUUGCAUGUUUCAAUAAGGUCGGCAAUAAUAGCUGUUUUGUUCCUUAUUGAUCUGGCAUUGCACAGGAUUGAUCUGAUAGGACAGUAUUGGGAUUCUGAGUUUUUGCUCUGUACUUUGGAAACAGUGUGUCUUUUAAUGGGGACCACACAAAGAGGUUUUCUUGAUUUUAUAGUGCGGUUUUUGUGGCUUCUAGGUGGAAUCACUUCAAUUGGGCUUGCGGGUAGACAGGGUGGUGGAGUGGCUGUGAUAGAGUCAGGAGGUUAUAGAACUCUUUGUCCUCCACGACAGCCCCUGUCAGUCCUUUUGAAGUAACCACUAGCGAGGGACUGAGUGCAGCGACAGCCUUUUGGUGUCUUAGGGAAUACAGAUAUGAGGGAGUAUAGGUGAUCAUUCCCUCAGCAGUGAAGGAGUUAAAAUUGCUUCUAGUUUUUGGUUUGGUUUAUAGGUACUAUCUUAUGUCUGUUACAUAUGUCUGUUACAUUGGAAUGUUUUCGGUGGCACAUAUUAGACCUGUUAAGAUUAGUUGAGUAUUAUUUGAAAGCCACUGCAUACCAAAAACCAAAACCAAAAUACUGUAACAUGUUAGAUUAUAAAGCAGGGGUAGGCAACCGUCGACACUCCAAACCACAUCUUUCACUGGCCAUAAUUAUAGCUAUAUGAGCAUUAUAGACAGUUUCAGUGAAAUAAUGCUUGACUGAUCUUGAACAGGUCUAAUACGUGCUUUGAAAAUAUUCCUGACACCGUUAAGCAUGCAUCAUCAUCUCAUCUUCGUUUCGGGUAGAAUGAUAGGUCUGCAGCCUGAAUGUGCAUCAAAACCUCUUUUGGAAUUGUGGCAUGGACCACAAUCUUUGCUUUGGGUUUCUUGCUGGAUCCAUACCAUAAACCACAUGCAAUAAAUGGAUGUUCUUUGUUUUCUUUUUUCAAUGAUAAAUUAACUUUGAUAUAACUUUAUGAAUUCCUAGCAUUUUCUUGUUGAACUUGUGAUUCAUUUUACCACUAUAGACAGAGUAGCUAAGGGUAACUAUAUUUCAUAUGUACCAUUAACUAGAAUGUUUCAAUGUAGCCUUAUUUUUGCACAUUGUUUUAAUUAUAGGUUCAGUAUGCGUUCUGAAUGGCUGUUUUUGUAUUUUUUUCUAAAGGAAUUCUCACGCCUACCCAAAUUUUUGUUUUUUUAUUUAUUAAUUUAAAUUUUUAAAAUGUAUUUAUUUUUAAGUAAAGGUCAGUGUGAGAGUUACUAAAAAAAAUACUAUGUUGUGCUUAAAACAAAUCUAGUAAUGUUUAUAGCCAUCUUAGAAGAUUUAAGUGCUUUCAUUUAAGCUCGCUAUAUUCCUUUCCAAGAAGCUGUAUAUUGUUGCAGUUGAUGUCACAAACUGUGAUGUGAUAGCCCCCUCCUCCCCCCAAAAAAUAUAUCUUUCUGAAUAAGUAUACACAGAAGCAUAGCACACACCUGUUUACAUCACAACAUACACCUAUAUAAUCUUCUAUCAAGAAUGAAUAUAUAUAUAAAAAAAAAAAAAUUCCUUAAAAUAUCCCGGGUUUCAUUAGCAAGUCUGCUUUACCAAUAUGAUUUCAAAUGUACUUUUUCUGACUUAUAUUUGUUGAUAAACGCGCUGUAGUAUUAGUAUAUUGAUACAGUUGUGAUACAUUUAUAUUUGCACUGAAAAUAAUUGUAAACUCUAUUUCCAGUGGAGCAUAGCAUCCUAAAGACUGGCUGGGAUUCAAGGCAAAUUUAGUUCAACAGCACAUAUUCAGUCAUCACUGUCUUAGAAGUGUUUAUUGUGAGGUACUUGCCUCCUUAAGUAUAUUUUGGUGUAGAAAACAUGUCCAUCUAUUUAGAUACCAUCAUAUCUAGCAACCACCUACAUGGCAACCACCCUUCCUGUUUGGAUUUUCAAUAUUUAAUUCAAUAAAAAAAAGUGGCUGAAGUGUACUAUGCUGUAAAUAAGCAUAGAACUAAAAUUUGCUUAGUUAUAUAACAUUUGUAUAAUUUGAUUUUGAUGAUCUAUUGUUUUUUCAGGCAAGUGACCAGGAUGUGGAUUAGUUUUUAAAAUGGUAGCAUCAUGUGGAAUACAGUAUAACCAAACUAAUAAAAUGUAUGUAUGUAUGAAAAAAAACAAAACAAUAAAUUCUGGAUUUGUGCAUUGUUAAAUUUGGGAAUAUUUUCUUUAUUGGACUGUUGGCAUUAAUGUGGUAUUUUUUUUUUAACAAUUGGUUGCAGUGAAAUGAUAGGUUUUUUUUGUUUUUUUGUGGUUGCAGUUAUUUUUGGAAAUGGAAUGUAGUUACAUUUAUAUUAAACAAUGGUGCUAAAAUCAUCCCUACUUGGGUUUUUAUUUAUUUUUGUAUAAUGCAUGUCUCUGAAAGUUUGAAAAUAAAUACAUUCCACAACCACUGUUUUGAAUGUGAAACUUGCAGAAUGCCUAUUUUUGAUUAUUGGGGAUGGUGGUGAUUAUUUUUUAUGAAUCAGGUGGACUGAUGAUCUUUUCUCAGUAUUCUAUAAUCUAUUUUCAACAUUUUAGUUUGCUUGCUUUCACAAAUCUAACAUUUCUGGGGGGAAAUGCUAAUAAUCAUAUUUAAACAAUAAAUAAAAAAAUUGUAACAAAUAAAAUGAAAAAUCACUCUAUUUUAAAAAUGAUGCUAGAUUUGUGUAAAGACAAACUACUUCUGGAUAAGACAACUACAGGGCUUAAUAAUAACAGGAUUUUUUUCCAGAACACAGCACUGCUACAGUGAAAUUUCUAGAAGCUCAGAAAUUGCAGAAUUUGUGCUUAUAAUAAUAAAGCUUUAUCCUGCUUGAGGACAUUUAAUGUAAUAAAUUUCUUCUGUUUAAUUCUACAUUAGAAGUUUCCCCUCUCCAUAUAUUUUCCAAAAGAGCCUGGAAAUGGUGCAUAACCAUAACCACUUGUAGACUGAAUAUAUCAGCUUGUGUUUUUACUCACCAACAAAACACAACAUAUUUUUAUAUGUCUAAUCUCUUAAACAUUUUCCUAAUCUAGAAUAUAAAUGUAUUGUAGCAUUUAGUGAGAUCAUGUUGAAGCCUAAUACAUUAAGAAUUAUGGAACUACAAGAUAUUAUUUGAGAGUCCAUUUUUUCUUUUUUAAUAAAUUAAAUCAAAUUAAUACAUUUUGGUGGGAUCUUUUUUUUUUAAAAGAUAUUUAAGGUUUUGCUUCUAAAUAAUUUUUUUUUUUUCGUUUUUACUUCUGUUUUAAUAAUGAAACCACAUUAAUCUUUAACAGCUGGACUUGAGUUUUAUUUGAUAUUUAGUGCCACUCACUGUUCGUUUUGUUUUGCUUUUUUUUUUUUAUUGUAUACUUCAAUCGUAUGACAUCCAAGACCCAAUAAACCUGCGAUGCACCAUAAUGGAAUAGGAAAAGACCAUAUGAAGACUGUUUGUGACACUCUUAUUAUGUGUUUUCCAGGACAUUUCUCUGUAUGCACCCUAGUAAAACUCUUUGUAAAUAAAUGUGUCUGAGUGCUUAUGUAGAAACAAAUUAUCCAUUUUAGUACACAUUUGUGUUUAUAAAAUGCAGGAGCUAGUAUUCGUGUUGGAAGAAAUAUGCUUAAAAUACAUGUGGCAUAAACCCCAAAACAAUGAAGCUUUGAGUCAAUCAAGUGAGUGACUUAGGUAUUUGCAAAUGCAUAAAGCUUAUUGGUAUACACACAUGUCGGUACAAUAUCUGUUUUCGGUGUAUUUGUUGUGCAUGUGAAAUUUUUUACUGGAUUUAUUUUUCUAACCAUUAGUACUUGUAUCAUUUCAGGCAAGGUCACAGGAGUGUGUUAGAUACUUAUGUAGAUUCACUUGUUGUUAAGGUACUAAUCGAAUUUCGAUCUGCUACAUAUAGUUGCACAGUUACAUAGCUGAUAAGGGACAUUCGGCCAUCAAGUUCAGCCUAGCUCACAUUUAUUUUUGCUGUUGGUCCAAAAUAGGCAAAAAACUGUCCAAGUGCUAAAUGUAACUGUAUGUGAUAUGAAACUAUUACAGCAUAGAAUGAUGGAGCAAUGCUUACUCUUUACUGUUAACCAGCGAUUUAUGGGCAUUCUUUGGGUCUGCCCUGUGAUUAAACACUCUCUUUAGGGCAGCAGCCAAGUCCCACUUGCAUACAAACUCGCUUAUGAUAAUUAAAAUCAUCCUGGGAAUUGGGAUUCUGUAUGCAUUUAUGUGGGACUUUGAUGAAUGGUAUUUCUAAGAAAAGGAGGUGGAGGGGGAGGAAGAAGCAUAUUUGUACACAACAAUAAAUAAAAUAUUGUGUUGAAGGUGCUGAAGUUUCUGGGAUUUGUUGGACAUAUGUAAAAUGCAAUUCCCUGCUUAGAUUGUUCAUAUUUAUCUUUCAGCUAGAUUGUAGGCUAUGUAGGGUUAUUGGAGAAAAUACUAAUGUUGUAUCACAAUUCUGUCACUGACUAUAUCAAUUAAAUCCAUGUUAAAUUUUUAUAGCAAUCUGCUUGGCAUUGAGAAAUAUGUAUGUAUAUGUGUGUUUGUAUAUGUAUAUACACACAUAUUGCAGGCAUGGUUCCUAUCUCUUUUUUUAAUUUAAUUUUUUAUAAAAUAUAAUCUAAAUAUAAUUAUCUCAUGGAUUUGAUCAUUUUUCAUCUUGUAGUGUGUGGUUUACUUUUUUUAUUUUUAUUUUUUUUAUUGUUAUUUUUUAUGUUUAAGGGGCAUUGUUUAUCUUUGUUUCCCAUUUCUUUUCUUUUUCUGUUAGUAAAGUGUUUCCCUUGCUAAAGGGAAAGUGUUAUUCCCUUAGGAAUGCUAACAUUUUAGAACAGUGUUGCACUUCCUGCCUCUUCUCUACUGCUCUGUUUUAGAAGUCAUGUUAGUGCAUGUCCCACGCCAAAAAAAAAAAAAUGGCAGGGAUUUGAAUGCUUAAGUGUAGGGGUCCCACCUAAUGCUUAAAUGAUCUAGUAAUACAAAUAAUUGUGUGCUGAACUGCUGUUUAUUAUCCUUACAACAAUGUAGUCCCUAGUUAGCAUCCAUGACGUUACAUUGCUUAGGAGAAAAAUUACAAUUAAUAUACAUACAGACAUCUUAAAAAUAUGUGUGAGGAAUGGUUAGAUUUCCUACACAAAUUGUCUUUUCCAAAGAUUUUUCUGACACCAUUUGAAGCCUUGACAAACAUCACAAUGUGGUGCCAAAAGCUUAUUAUUGUAUCAUUGCAAACUGUGAUUAUAACACAACUCUUACAAUGAAUGUACACCCAGUUUUGUCUGAUUCCUUAUUGGCUUUCUUUAAAAAAUAUAUAUAUUUAUUUCAUUCAUAGACAUAAAUUGCAGUUGAGCUUUCUUAGCUAAUCAAGUUCUUAUUUCAGUUUAGUAUAGCAUAAGCAAAUGACUGACUGACUUUUUUUAAAAUUUAGAAUCGUUAUUUAUUGGUCUCUUUCUUUCUUUCAAAAAACCCACUUGUGUGAAAACGUAAAGAGUGCCUUUUUGUUCUCGUGUUUGAUUUUACAAUCACCAGCAUAAUUCCCCCCUCCCCACCACCACCACUUAUAAUUUGCUUACAUUAUGUAUCUGAUCUCUUGCAUCUUUUUUUCCCUUUGUUUUUUGAUAUUUUUUAUUUCUUCUACAUGCAAUUUUACACCUGUUGUGUCUCUAUAUGUCCUUGGAUUUAAACGACAUGUAUAUUCUUCACGCAGUCUACUAUAGCUAUCUGGUAGCCACAUGUAUCCAUAUUCUCCUGUUAUAAGAAACAUUCCUGGCGUGAAAAAAAAACCCACAGUGCUACCUUGUUUGACUUUUAAACUACACAUGACCCAAAUGUCUACUGUAAGUUUACCUGUUCAUGGUUUAAGAAACCCAAGAAUUUAGAUAUGUUUGUUUCCUGAUUUAUAGUUACCAUAUAUUAAUAUUCCUAAGUGUAGCAACUGACAAAUACAAAGCAGCUUUUUAUAUUUUGUUUGUGGGUUGUUUUUUUUAAUACAUUUGUCUGGGUAUAGAUAAAUAGUAAGUGUUGUGUAUGUUUUAUUUUUAAGGUUGAUCGCUCAUAAUUAUCUUCCCUUUAAAUAAUUUGAGUAAAAUGGAUAAAAAGAAAAUAGUGUGUGAAUCCCUAAUAUGAUCACGCCAAACUCAAGACUUUAUUACUCGAAAAAAUGAAUGUAGUGCCUCUUCUUUCCAUUUUAUCAUUUACACAGUGAAGCAGUAACAUUGAAAACACUGCAUCAGUAAGGAAGCACGUUUGAUCUGAGCAAGCAUCAGUAAGGCUUGAGUAUAAAACAAGACUAUUUGUCUUUCACUGCUUCCUUAUUGCAGAUUCCAAAAUGCCCUUGUAGUUCUUUAAUUCGUACAGAUUGUCCCAAUGUAUGGAAACUGAAAGUUGACAGCAGGUUUUUGGUCAAUUGGUAAUGUGAAAUGGUUCACUGAUUCGAAUAACACAGUGCAUGCCAUAGUGACUGAUUAAAUUGAUUUAUCCAUUGCUGCAGGCUGCAUGCACCUCUACAGAGACUCUGUAACACCUUUCUCAUUAGAGCUGCCUGUUAAUCUAGGUUUUAACAAGAGAGAUACAAACGCUGAAAAACACAAGCUGUCCCAUGUCAAUGAUGCAGUUCAAAUUGAGCUGAUAGUUUUGCAAUCUUUUAAUAAAAUUUUUCAGUGUCUUUAAUAAUUAGAAAUUAGAUGUAUAUUCUGAAAUACAAUUCUUAUCCUAUCAUUCGUUCCAGGUUGAGCCUAUAGUGAUUUUCCGUUUUUUGUUUUCUUUUUUAUCCAUUCAUUGUCUGGAAUCUGAUAAUCAUAGUUGUAUGACAGCAGUUAUUUUUUUUUAAUGUCAAUUUUACAUUUAUUUUGUACAGAUGUAGUUGAACACAUCUCUGUGGCACGAGAGUAAAUUCAAUCUGUGUUUAUUAAAAGUGCGUUGGCUCUUUUUCCCAGGUCAAUAUAUCUUUCUUAAACACAUAUCACUGUUUGUUUGUUUUUUUAUUGAUAUGUGAAACCUUUUUAAGUUUUGAUUUAAAUUACAUUUUAUUUUAUGUUUGAAAAUACCUGUAGUCUUUGUACUUGUUACUCUGCAAUUAAUAAUGUUCAUUAGAGGGUUGCAUUUUUGUAUGGUGGUAUUUUACUGUACACAAUGCAGAGUUUUAAUAAAUUUAAUGCAGAGUUAAAAAAAAUAUAACAAAAACGUUAUUCCUGCUCGUAUUUAAAAACCUAAAGAUAUAUAGAAUGUAGACAUUUCUGUGUUUUAUUCAUAUGUUCUGUCUUUGUUCUGCUGCAAAAUUAAAAAAAAGAUCCAGUGAUGAAAAAAUAUAUAUAUAUUUUUUUAAAAUACGCAGACCCUUUUUAUUUUUCUUAUACUUUUGAUGAUGCUAUAUGGCAACUUUGUGGCAGGCAGUUCUUAUUCUUAUUUUAAAAUUUUACAGAUAUAAAAAUAAUUUUGGACAAAAAAGUUAUUACACUUAUUUCAGUAUCUUAUGUACUAAAUACAAAGUUAUACACUAAUUUAAGUUUUCCUUAACUUAAAAACAUGCAAAAAAAUUUUGAUUUUAGAUUUUUGUUGAAUUCAAAAUAUUGGUAUGUGACUGGAAGUAAACCUGCUCUCAUCUUUGUAUACACUAAAUGCAAUUUAAGAAUGAUUUCUAUGUUCCUCUUAGAAAAGAAUAUUCGAUGUUAUAAAUGUGCAAGUAUAUAAUUUUACGCUGUUAAUAACUUUGUUUUCUUUAAAAUAACAUUAUUGUAAGGUGAUCUUCAAAAUAUUUUUUUUAUAUAAUCCCAAUCUGCCAAAUAAAAUUUAAUUAAAUGUGUGUGAUCUACAACAUUUUAUAUUAUAGUUAUAUACUUUUUAAAUUCAUAAUAAAAUUAAGUAUUUUAAAAGUGUGUGUGUAUAUAUAAUUAUGUGUGUGUGUAUAUAUAUAUAUAAAUAUAUAUAUAUAUAUACACACACACCAUUAUCAAAUCUGAUAACAAGUGCAUUGUAAAUUAAUUAGUUUUAUGAUAUGAAAGGGCAAAUGCACAUAUCCAUAAAUGUUUACAGAACUCAAUAUCUAGACAUGCUUAAAGCGCCCCCUUGUGGAUUUAAAAAUCCAUGUAUGCUUUUGUGUUCCAUUUUUCUUUUACGCCUUUUAUGAGGCAACAUUUAAAAAAAUAAAUAAUAAUAAUAAUAAUUUUAUUGUUCGGUGCGCCACCUAUGCUAAAGAUAAUUGUUUAAAAUCAAAAUCCCAAAACUGCACCUAUCACUUUUUAAAAUUAAUUUGUGGCCACAUGCUUUUGCAAUUUCCCAUCAUUGACGUUUCUGAGUUUGACGUUUAAAAAAACCCCAAAAAUAGGAAUGUCGGUUGAAAGUGGUAUAUGCUUUUAAAACUACACAGCCUGGACUAUCUGUUCAGUGGUCAACUUACAUUUAGAGUACUAGAUAAAAAUAGCAAAAAGUCAAAAUAAAUAAACGGUCAGUAUAUUCACUUUUUUCCUUCCUCUGAGAUACCGACCAUUAAGUAAUUUACCUUCCAUUGAAGCUAUGACACUCAUUGGGAAAAAAAUAAAAACCAAGAAAUAUAUUGUUUAUUAUAGUGUACUGUCUUGUUGUUUCAGAAACCUCAAACUAGUCCUCCUAUCAAGUAUUGUGUUUCACAAAAAAUGUUAGUCCUACUGUAUUUCUUGGCCCCUCAACAAAGUGUCCAUUUAUGUAUCUUAUAUAAAGUUAAAUUACUUGCAUUUAUUGGCAUGGUUCACUCAUAUUUAUCCUCCGUGAUUGCCCCACAGUACAGGAAUAAUUUAGCAAAAAAAAAACCAUAAGCAAUGGUUCCCAAAUUCCAUGAUUUUCUAUGGUGUAACCUUGCAUCAGUGAUUUCCACUAAUCAUUUGCACUCAUAAGACUUCCUAGUUGCUUGUGAAUACUACCGCUACUACCGCUCCUUUUCUUGAGAUUGCCUCCACACACAGGAGCUAAACAUAGAAAAUAUAUCAAUAUAUCAUCUUCAUUCCUUCACAGCACAGUUUAAUGUGACCCUGUAAUAUUUUAGUCUUUCAUUUGGGUUUUCUUUCAUUACUGUCCUUGUAUCUUAUUGACUCUAUUUCCCUCUCCUUGCCACUUGCUUUUAUGUAUAUUUAUUAUUUUUUCUUCUCUGAAACCUGUGUCUAAGAGCAGCCAUUUUGUUUUCCUCUGUCCAUGAUGUCUGCUGUUUACCUUUAUGUGGAAUUCAUCCUAUAGAUGGACUGUGGGUGAAUUUGAUUGGCAACUGAAACAGAACAGGCCAUUGUUCGUUUGACUGCUAUAUGUAAGGAAAAGUAAUUCGUACUUUUCUUUAUGAAAAUACGCGCUCAGGAUAUAAAUAAAUCAGAAACAAAAAUUUUUUCGGUGAAAAGGCCACUUAAAAGGACAAUAUAAUCACCAGAACCACGAUAGCUGAAUUUUUUUAGAGCAAAUAAAGUGUUUACAUUCCUGCCUAGUGACAGCCACUAGAGGUGCUUCCUAAGUACAGCAUCUCUACAGUCUGCAUAGAGAUGCUGAUUGGUGCAGUGUUUUGCGGCACACACGCAAUUUCCUCCCAAUGCUUUUCUAUGGCAAAGCAUUUGAUUGGCUGAGACCAUCAACACUGAUUAUCUCAGCCAGCGAAGCCAACUGUGGUGAGACAGGGAGAAAGGGUACGUUUAAAGGACCACUAUAGGCACCCAGACCACUUCAGCUUAAUGAAGUGGUCUGGGUGCCAGGUCCAUCUAGUGUUAACCCUGCAGCUGCUAUGUUUCACUGAGGGUUAAUCCAGCCUAUGGUGGCUGUCUCACUGACAGCCGCUAGAGGCGCUUCCGCACUUCUCACUGUGAAAAUCACAGUGAGAAGAAGCUGGACGUCCAUAGGAAAGCAUUAAGAAAUGCUUUCCAAUGGACGGUUUGAAUGUGCGCGUGGCUCUUGACACGCAUGCGCAUUCGGCGCUGACGUCAGGUGGAGGAGGAGCACAGAGUGAGCACGGCGCUGGAGAAAGUUAAGUGGCUGAAGGGGUUCUAACCCCUUCAGCCCAGCGGGAGUGAGACCCUGAGGGUGGGGGGUACUUAAGACCCUAAGUGCCUGGAAAACGAGUUUGUUUUCCUGUUAUUAUAGUGGUCCUUUAAUCACCUUUAAACUCAACAGAGUGGGGCCAGGGACCUAAACAUCUAUUCCAGCACUAUAGCGAAGUAUGACCAAUGAUGUGCUGCUGUUCUUUUUAUGUCCAAUUGAAGCCUUUCAUUUCAGUGGUAGACCAUUAUAUUAAGAUGUUUUAUUAUCUUUAUAGUUUCAUUUGGAGCUUUUAACAGUAAAAUUUUAAAAAGUAAUAAAUUAAUUUCAAUACAUGUAAAUGUUUAGUUUGUGUGUGUUUGUAAGGUUUUAUAUUGGAGUUGUGCUGUCUUUUGUACUGUUUUGGUGGUAAUCACUGUCUGCUUCAUUAAACGUUUGUUAUUACUAAUUUCAGAUGCUACAACUGCGGAGGCCUUGAUCAUCACGCUAAGGAAUGCAAUCUACCUCCUCAGCCAAAAAAGUGCCAUUACUGUCAAAGCAUAAUGCACAUGGUAGCUAACUGCCCACACAAAACGGUUCCACCUCAUCCAACAACUUCUCAGGGAAGAUAUGAAGGAGAACCUCAGCCUUCAACUUCAACAUUUCUGAGAGAAGGGGGAGGGGCGUUUGGUUAUUCAUCUCCAUCGUAUUCUCAAGAGGGAAGAUCAGAGCUGUCAGAACAUUCAAGCAGGUCACCACAAGAAUCUUCCUUAAGUAAGGUAUCUGCAUCGCCUGAAGAACAAAGCAGAAAGGGGCCUUCUGUUCUAAAACGAAAAAAAACUUAA